CCACGCGACACGAAUCACGUUCUAAUCGACAUGAGAAAACCGGUAAACGUCAUUUUUUUCGAAAAAGUGCAAUGACAGCAUGAGCCAGCCGACGAAGGAUCCUGGGGACGGCGCCAAAAGGCGCCCGGACAGCCCCAAGGGGCGCCCCGACAGUCCCCAGAGCCCCGCCAGCAAAAAACUAAGGGAGAGGGUUAGUUUUUUCGAAAAGGUGUGGACGGGGUCGAAAUCUGGAGCUCUGGGGGACGAUGGUGGUGUUGACGUGGAGGAUCUGGAGAGAAGACUGAUGGAGGAGAGGAGUAGAAACGUUGUGGAUACGCAUUUGGAGCAGGUUACUUUAAGGCAUACGGGAUCUCCGAGACAUGUGGUGCAGAUGAAGGAGAUUGGACCAGACGGAACUUACAAGGAAACCUACACGUCUACAUCACGCGAAGGAGACUUCACCAGUGGCACAAAAUCCGUAAAAUUCGAAAAAGUAACCGUCAAGAAAACCAUCAGACAUCUCACCUCGAGCACCUCGUCAACAUCCAUCCGACAAGUGACUUCCAGCCGAACCCCCUCGGAGGAAAACUUGGACUCCGCCUAUUUGACGCAAAGCAACGGUAACUUGGGUUCGCUGAGCAGUGGCAGCACGGGACGGUUUCCCUCCGAGGAGAGUCUGAAGAGUCCUCGAAAGGUCGAAACGUCGAAGGACGAAUGGGACGGGGAUAGUAGUAGUUCGAAAGUGACUAGUAGUAGUUCGGAGUGGUAUUCCGAUUAUAGGACUCAUACUUUUCAUCAGAGUGAGGCCAGCAGGUUUGAAUUUAUCAGGAGUAAAUCACAAUAUGAUGAACACAUACAGCAUAUAAAAGAUGAACAAGAACGAGUGCAGAAGAAAACUUUCGUGAAUUGGAUUAACUCUUAUCUAUCUAAGCGAGUUCCACCGCUAAGGAUAGAAGAUUUAAUCGAAGAUUUAAAAGAUGGUACCAAACUUCUCGCACUCCUAGAAGUAUUAUCUGGGGAAAGACUGCCUGUGGAGAGAGGCAGAAUCCUCAGAAGACCACAUUUCCUGAGCAAUGCCAACACUGCCCUUCAAUUUUUGGCAUCUAAGAGAAUCAAGCUAGUCAAUAUAAAUGCCAGUGAUUUGGUGGAUGGGAGACCACCUGUCGUAUUAGGACUGAUCUGGACCAUCAUUUUGUACUUCCAGAUCGAAGAAAACCGAAGGCAACUCGAAUAUUUAACUCAAUGGGGAAGUACCAGUAGUUUGGAGAGCGCUGGCACCACCUCAUCAAAAGACAAAUGGAAACAAGGAGCGAGAAAGACUCUGUUGAAUUGGGUAUCCAACGCGCUACCCUCUGAUUCCGGCAUCGUCGUCAAAGACUUCGGAGCCAGCUGGAGAGACGGCAUAGCCUUCUUGGCUAUCAUCGACGCUAUUAAGAAAAAUUUGAUUAACAUCGCCGACAUGAAGAAAGCCAGCAACAGAGCCAGACUAGAAACUGCUUUCGACGUAGCAGAAAACGAACUAGGAAUUUCGAAAUUACUAGACCCAGAAGACGUAGACGUACCCAAACCAGACGAAAAAUCUAUCAUGACCUAUGUUGCACAAUUCUUGCACAAGUACCCCGAACCGAAAAGCACCGGACCAGACGCCAUAGCAGCUAUCCAGAUAGAGUACAACGACCUCUUGACGUGGCUGCAGCAGAAAACGCAGACUUUGGAUAAUUUAGAAAAAACCAAUUCUCUUCCUUUGGACUAUAGAGAGUACGCAGAGUUUAAGUCAUUAGUGGAUGAGAAGGAGAAGUUGUAUAAGAAGUUGAAGCUGUUGAUAGAGUCCCAGAGCUCAAUUUCGAUAGCGAAAGAAAGUUGGCAUGAGGUUGUACAAUUAUGGGAGACCUUGCAGCAGCAACUUUUGAGGUGGUUAUGGCUUUUGGACUCCAAGCUUCCAGGUGACUUCAAGUUCAUUGGGGAAUGGUUAGCCAAAGCAGAAAAAUUAAUAUACUGUGACACCAUCCCAACCGUCAUGAACGAAGAAACCGCCAUGAUCAUAAGUAGAAAACUAGAAGAACAUAAAGCCUUUUUCGCCGAUUUACCUACUAUUAAAGAGACUUUCAACAGGGCCUGUCAAAGUCCCUUAGUUAGAGAAGUGCCUUCUGAACAGUUAGAGAAUAUGACUGUUAGACUGAAUGAAAUUGGACCUAAAGCGGCUCAACGUAGAGUCAAGCUGAAGUUCCUGGAACACAAGUGUUGCCUUAUUGCAUUUUUGCAACUUACCGAAACAAAACUGAAAGUAUGGACUUCCAAAUAUGGACGAGUGGACGAAGUGACGCAAUUACUGGACCAAUAUCGUAAUUUUGUGACGAAGAGUCACAUAUUUGUAGAAUUUCAGAAAGCCUUUAUUGAUAUGCAAGCUGUAAAUGAAGAAUACAAACGAGAUGGAAAUAUAGACAAAAAAGAAAUCGCCGAAAUAGACACAUUCAUGCGAGACAUCUCCGAGCGAUGGAAGAACGUUUCCAUGGAGCUCAGAUGCGUCCAGAGCAUGCUGGAAGAAGUUGUCGCCUAUUGGAGACGUUGGGACACCCUAUCUGAAGAAUUCGACAGAUGGCUUGCUACUGCCGAAAAAGCUCUAAACCUACCCGAAGAAGAACAAAUGGAAUUUUUCCAAAACAUCAGUUUGUGGCGAGAUAACUAUCAGCUGUUAGGAGAUACUGUGAGUUUCCUUAUAGCGACGUGCCAAGACAAGAUAGCUGUUGAGCUUAAAGACCGGUUUCAAGUCAUGUCGGAACGCUGGGACAAGAUUUAUCCCCAGGUGAACAAAUACAGUCAUGCUGGUGAUAUAUUAAGAAACCGCAAAGACUUCCGAUCUGGGUUAGAAGCUUUAUCUAGCUGGUUAAGAAAAGCAGAGAAUGUACUAAAUACUCCUUCUUUAGGAUCCAUGGAAAGGAUCAGGGAGCACACUCAGAACUUGCAGCGUCUACAAGGUGAAGUAGAAGAGAUCGAAAACUUAUUCAAAAACAUCAGCAAAGCUUUCCAAAGUCUUAUUCAAGAUUUAUCUAGAGAUGAAGUUGAAAAGAUGAUGAAUACUUUGAAACAAGAAAAAGAGGCACUUGUUAAAGUAAGAGCUUUGAUUCCUGCUCAAAUACACCUAUUCAAUCAACUAUUGAUCCAACAAGAGUCUUUAGAAGCAGGCCAAAAAGAGAUUAAUAAAUGGUUAGACGACGCUGAAAACGUUUUAAGUAGUCUAACAUUAGAUGCAGACAGAGAACAACUUAAAGAACAAGUAGAAAAAGUGAAGCACUUCUUCACUAGAACGUUAUACUACAAAUCCAUGCUAGAUAGUAAGAACAAAGUGAUGAACAACAUUAUUAAAUCAGUAGACCAAGCAAACAACCCAGAUGUUGCUAACAUGACAGCUCAAAUGGAUCAAUUGAACGACAGAUUCGAGUACGUGACUCAAAGUUCUCAAGUAUGGGAACAGAAAUUACAUGAGGCUAUAAGAUGUUGGCAUAACUUUUCAGAAUGCGAACGAGUUAUCUCCAGCUGGUUGAACCAAGCCGAGAAGCUAACAUUAGAGAAGAGAAUUGACAGCAAAGAAACUGUCGAGCAGCACAAGAACUUCUUCCAAUCGGUGAAUGAGAGGUGGAUCCACGACUUGAUUCAAAGUGCUCAAGAUCUAUGUAACUGUCUUCCCAAAGAACAACAUGCUCCUAUUUUGUCUUCGGUAGACUAUUUACAGAAUAAAUGGAAAGAGGUGCUUUCAUUCGCUCCACUUCACUUGAUGAAGCUCGAAUUCAGAUUGGAUGAAACAACUUUCAACUACUACAUUAAAGAAAUUGAAAAGGAAAUCACCAACCAAAAGAUAUCAUUCAGUCGCCAAGAAAAUGUAGAAUCCAUCAUAAGACGAAACAAAGAAUUCUUCUCUUCCAAAGGUCCUCUAGCUGAAACUCAAAAGAGUCUAGAACACCUUAUCAAAAUCUCCAAUAUAUACACUGCAAAUUAUCCUAAAGACCAAACCCUAAAACAAUCUGUCGAAAAAGCUGAACAGUCUUGGCACAAUGUUAAUAUCAAGAUUGAAAAUUUGAAACAACAGUUGGACCAAGUUCCUGAAAGAUGGCAGGCCUAUCACACUAAAUUCGAAGAAAUGUCCAAGUGGAUGGAUGGUGUUGAUGACACUUUGAAGAAUAUUCUAAACGAUGUCAAUUCCAUGGAAGAAUUCGAGAGAGAAAAAGCUAUAUUUCAGAAUGUAUGCAAAGAAGCAGAUUCGAAACGCGAAGACAUGAAAUGGCUAGUCCAAACUCUAGAUUCCCUAACAUCUCACUGCCCUGAAGACCAAGCAUUGUCGGAGCAGAAACAGUUAGAAGCCCUAAUCAUCCGGUAUAAGAACCUGAUCCCUACUCUCGAAAUCACUAUGGUGAAAACAGAUACUCUUUCAAAAUGCUACACCUACAGAAGAGAAGUCAAAGAGAUUUGCCAAUUGUUGACGCAGGUGCGCGAACAAUCUAGAGUGCAAAGACAACCAGAAUCUUUGGAAGUCGUUAAGCAGAACAUCAAAAAACAAGAAAUGGCUAUUUCUCACUUGGACCAACAAAGGCCUACGGUAAUGUCGUUACUGCAAAGAGGAAAGGAGCUUACUAGAGACGAACAUGCGCCCAACUUUAUGCAACAAGAAGUUAAAACACUUGAAACUGGUUGGACUACUACCUACGACGAAACUGUAGAUACUCUACAUAAAUUAAUAGACACUCAUCACGUUUGGACGAAUUACACUGAGCAAAAACAAGAAAUUACAGAUCUUCUGCAAAAGGCACAGACAGAUCUGCAACGUAUUACUCCACAACAAUAUGGUGCUGUUCCUACAGAGUUAGCCAAAAAACAAGAGAUCAUUACAAACUUGAGAGAUGCUCAGGAAGAUAUGAUGGCUAAACUUACCUACUUAAGCGAAAAUCUUAGUAAACAGGUGCCAGAUCAGAAACCAAAAUUGGACACAGAAAUUAAACAGAUAGAGCAAAAUCUGAAUGACACUUUAACCACUGUUAAAGAAAAUGUGACUUUGUUGGAACAAUAUAACACCAAAAUGAACACAAUUUCACAUCAGUUGAACAAUGUUCAAAGUUGGACUGUCCACGAAGCUCCCCAACUACUAACUUCCAUAGAUGUAUAUGCAAUAACCCCAAAGGACAGGGUAGAGAAGAUAGAAAUGCUUCAAAAAGAAGUCGAAUCCAAAAAGAAAGUACUACAUGAACUGAAUGAACAAGCGCACCAAAUAUUGGUUGAAGAUACUCCUGAAGCUAGAAAACUGAAAGGACAUAUAGCACAGAUUCAAGAAAGGGUUGAUGUAUUAAACCAAAAUAUCCAAAGUCAGUCCGCAAUCGUGUCUGAUGAUUUCCAAAAUUGGGAAGCCUAUCAGGCUAGCUUACAAGAUAUAACUCCCUGGAUCGAGGAUUCCGAAGUUAAACUACAAAUGGGAUUGCAGAAACCUGCAACGCUCGAAGAAGCUGUGCAAAUUCAGAACCAAGCCAAACAAUUCCAAAAGGAAGUUAACCAACAAUUGGACAAACUACAAGGUGUUGCAAGCUUGACACAGAAGAUAUCCAUACAGACGCAUGCGCCUGAUGAAGUAGACUCUGUUCAGACUAGAGUGUCUGUUAUACAAGAUACGGCUGCCCAAUGGGGCCAAAAACUAGACAAACUAGUAGCCAACUGGGUUGACUUUGACAAGAAUGUCCAGCAUUUAGAGAAUUGGGUCGUCAAAAGUGAAGAAGCAUUGAAUGCGAAACCUGUUAAUGUAAAAACUCCAAAUAUAGACAAGUUGGAGAAAGAAUUAGCCAAACUUAAAGCCUUUAAUAACGAAAUUUCAGAGCAGCAAGCAAAACUCAUUUCACUGACCCAAAGUUCGGACAGCAUCAGCUACAAUAUCAGCCCAGAAGGAGCUGCGCUGGUAAAAGAGCAAGUGCAAGAACUUAAAGGCCAGGUUGCUAAAUUAGCCGAUAGUACUAGAGCCAAGAUUAACGAAAUAUCAGAUGCUAUUUUGAUGAAGCAUGAUUUCCAGACCAAAGUAGCUGACUAUGGCAACUGGAUGGAAUCGAUGAAAGCCAAUAUAGCUCAGUUAGAUGAAGUACCAGCCGAAAAGGUUGAUACAAGUAUAAUGAAUAUACAUACAUUACUACAGGAGUAUUCCGAUAAACAACCUCUGUUUAAUACCAUAUACAGUGAGAUCAAAGAAAUCUCGUUGCAGUCGCCACAGAAGGCAGUGGAACCUAUAGCCCAAGAGUAUUCCACCUUAGUACAGCAAAACCAAGACAUCCAGCAUAAAUUAGAAGAAAAGAUGACUCAGCUACAAAGAUGGAGUGAGCUUCUUAACUGGCAUACAGAUACCAUGAAUCAACUAUCGCAUAUUAAGUAUCAAGUUGAUGCAGAAAAACUAAGUCCAGAAGAGCUGAAGAAACUUAUUUCGGAAACAGACAACGUAUUGGAAAAACUGAUCACCUGGAAGGAGGCAGCUCAAGAUAUAAACAAGAGUAACAUUACUAUUCUAGAUAAGCAAUCUGGUUUGCCCAGAACAGCAGAAAAUGUCGUACGAGAAAUAGAAGUGAACACUAUAAACCUCAAAGGACAACUAGCAAACAAAGUAGAUGCUCUACAAACACUAAUGGAGCAGCGUAAUCAAUACACUGCACUGCAACAGGACGCUAUCUCAGAUUUGGACAAAACGAAAGCUCAACUAGCAGCUAUUAUGAGCGAAGUGAAACACUCAAGCGAUCUUCCGAAAGCAGUCGAAAACUUGAACAACCUCUUGGAGGAACAAGCUGCUAAAUCUGCUCUAAAGAACCAGCUUCACACCGAAGCUAUGCAGUUAAUGAAGAAGGACAUCCAGAAUGUAUCUGCCAUACAGAAUUCGCUAAGUGCGAUCGAACGCAUGUUUGGAAAAGUGAAUGAUGAUAUUCGAGAAGAUCAUUUAAAACUGUCAGAUAUUAUAUACGCCUGGAACGACUUCCAGGAAUCUAAGGAUAGAAUUGUUACUGAUAUAGGAAAAAUUGAUAAAAGUGGGGAAAAUUUGGACGUUCCAAACGAUAUUUUCCAAGCUAGCUUAAAUUGUGAAAAGGCGAAGAAAGCUCUGGAAGCUAUAAAACGAUCAAAAGCAGCAUUGGAUAAGGCAGACCUUAAAGCACAAGCUGUCAUUAAAAAAUCGGAGAACAUCCCUGGAAUUGAGUCAGAAGUUAGAAGAGACUUAAAAAUAUUGAACGAUGCUUGGUCGAACAUAUACGAAAGAAUUCUGAAGAACGUGCAACAAACUGAGUCACAAGCAGCAAUUUGGAAGCAUAUAGAAGACACCAAGACGACAUUGAUGCAGUGGUUGAGUGAACAAAACAACGAAAUUAUCAAAGCAGCCGAAAAACCUAACGAAAAGGAACUAGCUGCUGCUAAAUUGAGCAAAUAUAGAGAAGAAUUGCCAGCGCAAUUGAGGUUAAACCAAAGCAUACCUCACAAAUACUCGCAACUUUUGAGCUCCACAGACGGCAAGGAAGUCCCAACCCUACAAUCUUUGGUGACAGUGUUGAACGAAGGAUUUGCUACACUUGAAGAGAACGCUAGACAGUUAGAAGCAUUAACUUCAACAUUCAACGAAAACGAGAAAACCAUCAGGAAGAACAUCAAAGAAACUGGAAACAAAGUCUCGUCAUUAAGAGAAGAAAUAGUCAAAUGCGAAGACUUAUCAGGAGAUAAUGCGAAGAUAUUGGAACGAUUACUAAAGAUUAGAAGCUUAAAGGACGAUCUUAAGAACUACGAUAGUGAUAUUAAGCAAAUUGAACAAGACAUACAAACAAUGAAAGCCAAUUAUCCAAAUUUUGAAAACACUUUAAGCAAAGAGCAACAAGCUUUGAAGAAAAGGUAUGAUACAACUGUUUCCUAUGCCGACAAAAUUGAACACACUUUGUUGUCCUUCCUCAAGAAGUUCCACAACGAAAAGUAUGGUGCUUUGCAAAGAAUUAUAAACACACAUAAGGAAAAGAUUCAAUGGUGUUUACCUGAAGCUACAAGCGACAAAUACAACCUACAAGUAAAAUUAAAUGCUUUAGAGCCUAUUCAGGCUGUACUUGACGACUGUAAUAAACGUAAGGAUGAAUUGCAGGAAUCCAUAAAGGCUCUUGGACAAAUCGAGAAACCAGAAUCAGUUAAACUACAACAAGCUGAACUGGACCACUUACUUCUAGACCUGGACAACUUAAAUCAACAGUAUGUUAGUACCAAAGACAUACUAGAAAGCAAUAUAGCUCUGCACGACCAGUACGAAAAUCUUUCAGAGAGUGUUUCCAAUUGGUUGAAAGAAACAGAGAAUAGAGUAAAAGCAGAGAGUAGUCUACAAAUUGAUCUUAAAAAUAUCGACACUAAAGUUAGAGAAGCUAGAGCUCUGCUUCAAGAUGUCAAAGACUAUCAACCAGAAAUUGAAAAAUUGACACCUAUCAGUGAAGAAUUGGUGAAAGCCAUGCCAGAAAGUCGCAUAGCACCGUUUGUGCAACAUUUAAAUAACAGAUACCAAGCAAUUAACAAAUUUUUAGUCCACUACAUCGAUAAACUAAAUGAACUCGACAAGUACAAAGGAGUCUAUAAUAAUUGUAUUCAAGAUGUAGAAAACUGGUUGGUAAAAGCUGAAGAAAAAGUUAAUACCUUCUCGAAGAGUGCCAGGAAACCUAACAGUACCAUAUUGGAGGAACUUAAGAACUUCGCACAAGAAAAAGAAGUUGGUCAAACUCUCUUAACAAGAGCUGUUGAACAUGGAGAAGCUUUAUUCCCAGGAAUAACUCCAGAAAAUAGGGAUAUCAUUAGAGCUGAACUCAGAAACCUGCGGGACAAAUCAGAAGUACUGAUUGACAAAGUGAACAAAAUAUACAAACAAGUGGAGGCAACGUUGAUGCAAAGGCAUUCAUUUGAUGAUAGUUUACAACAGGUAAAACUGUGGAUAGAUGACGCAGAAAUGAAGCUAGGUGAAGAAGGUAAGCUGGACGCUACUUUGUUGGACAAAAAACAAACUCUACACAACUACAAGAUAUUAUCCCAAGACGUGAACUUGCACAAAACAAUUUUGAAACAACUUCAAGACAAAAUAGGUAAUUUAUCUGAUGCUGAUUCCGAAUCUAAGCUAGAUGAAAACCUGCAGAAAUACAACAGUCUUGCGCAAGAAGUAGAAAACAGAAUUGAAGUUGCAGAUGAGUAUGUAACUAACCACGAAGCUUACAAUCAAGCUAUUGAAAAAUGUCGCGAUUGGCUCAGUGCAUUAACAAACGAAGCUGCCUUAUUGGUCGAUGAAUCAUCAACCGAGAGCCCAGAAGCAAAACUAGCAAUAGUAGACAAUCUCUUGUCGCAAAAAGAAGAAGGUGACAAGAUCAUAGCGUCUUGCAAGCAACAACUAGAAACUGUUUUGACUCAAACUGCAGCUCCUGGUCAUCCUUCGCUAAUAAACAAUUUUGAAGAGCAGGAAAAGUCAUGGCAGAGAUUCCUGGACCUGUGCGAGGAAGCCCAAGAGAAACUCAAUGAGAUACAAGUACAACACGCUGAGGUAUCUAAAAUAAUGGACGAUCUGGAAACUUGGUUGAAGUCUAGAGAAAACUUUGUCAAAGAUCAAAGUUUGAAGAACACCGAAGAUACUAAAAAGGCUCAUUUAGAAAAGUUGGAAUGCUUGGAAAAGGAAGUUCAACAAAAGGAACCUGACUUUAGUAAGUUCCUGGAAAUGAGCAAGUCUCUAGAAGUCGAUUCUAGAGUAUCUCAGAUACCAACCAGAUAUCAGUCUCUAAGAAAUGCUGUGAAAGAGAAUCGUAACAAAUACCAAACAUUUGUAGCCGAGCACCAUGACUUUAACGGCAAGUAUAACGAGUUUUUGAACUGGUUAACGAACAAAGAGGAAGCUCUUCAAAAUUUUUCUCAAAUUGUAGGUGACUUGAACGUUCUACAAACUCGACAGAAGGAUAUUAAAGACCUUAUCGACGAAAGAAAUGCGAGAAUUCCAGAAUUUGAAACUUUGAUCGACAAAGGUGAAAAGUUGUAUGCACACACAUCACCAGAUGGCAGGGAAAUCAUAAGGCAGCAGUUAAAGAACUUGAGAACUAUCUGGGAUGCACUAACAGAAGACUUGCAGAGUACAAGUAAUAAACUAGAGCAAUGUUUAACUCAGUUCUCCGAUUUUACUGUGACUCAAGAACAACUGACCAAAUGGCUAAAGGAUGUAGAGAAAGCUAUGCACCAGCAUACUGAAUUAAAGUCUACUUUACAAGAAAAACGAGCUCAGUUGCAAAACCACAAGAUCAUGCACCAAGAAAUUACUUCUCACCAACAACUUGUUGAAUCCGUUUGUGACAAAGCACAGCAGCUGGUAGACCAGACUCAUGAUAAAUCCCUCAAUAUUUACCUCCAAUCUAUCAAACAACUUUUCUUAAACAUAGUCAGCAAAUCUGAAGAGCUGCUAAGGAAUUUAGAAGAAUGUGUAGAUAAGCACAGUAGCUAUAACCAACUACUGAAUGACUUUAAGAAGUGGGUGGAAAAUCAAAAUGAAAGACUUCAGGAAUUUGUUGACACGACUGGAGAAAAGAACGAUAUUAACAAGAGGAUUGAAAACAUUCAUGGAAUCAAGAGAGACAGCGAGUCAAAGGGACCGCAAUUAUUGGAUAAUCUGAAGCAAAAUGUAAUAGCUGUAGCUAAAAGUACUGCUCCUAAAGGGGUCGAUAACCUAAAGAGAGAAUUAGCAAGUAUGGAAGAAUUGUUGAACAAUCAUCUUCAAGCUAUUAACAAUACGUUAGAUAAGCAAAACGAGGUACUGAAACAAUGGGAUGAUUUUGAAACUGCUUUGGAAUCGUUGAAUCAGUGGUCCAAAGCUGUUGAAGCUGAAUUUAGAGACCAGCCUCUUCAAGCUACCUUACCAGACAAAGAAAACAAAUUGAAGCUUCUGCAAGGUCAGCGAGAACUCAUUUCUGCCAAAGAAAAAGAUAUUGACGACUUUGUUGAUAAGAGUCAUGCGUUGUUAAAAUCUAGUGGAUCACAAAGAAUCAAACCUGUUACAUCUCAAAUCAGUAAUAGAUUCCAGAACUUGCAUACUCUAACAAAAGACAUCAUUAAUAGAUGGCAAAAUAUUGUUGACGAUCAUAAAAAGUAUAAACAACGAUUGGAAGAGACAUCUGCAUGGUUAGUACCCUUGGAGGAGCAUUUACAGGCUCUCAAACAAGGUGAAACCACUGACAGCGCUGAAGCUAACAAUAGAUUACAGGUUCUUUUAUCCGAAGCUGAACAAGGGGAACAUAAGUUGAACUCUUUGACAUUGCUUGGUGAGAGGUUGUUGCCUGACACGGCUACAGAAGGCAGAGAAAUAAUCAGAGGGGAAAUCAAGGAGAUUAGAGACAGAUGGGAAAGUCUAGCUGAAGGAGUCAAACAACAGCAGAAACUACAAGAAUCACAGACAUUACAGCUGGCUAAUUAUCAGGAUCUGCUUCAACAAGCUUUGUCGUGGUUGGAUUCGAUUGAGAAACAAGUUAAACUUGAACCCAGCUCAUGGACCUCCAUCCAGGAAGUUAGGGCGAAGUUGUUAAAGCAUAAGACAACUCAGCAGGAGAUAAUAACUCACAAGAGGUUUAUCGAAGGUGUCACUGAAAAAGCACAAUCUUUGGCUCAGCUCACUAACAGUUCUGAGAAGAAAGCAGAAAUUGACGAAAGUGUUGCUUCCAUUAACAACCGAUACCAAAAUGUGCUCAAGACAGCACAGAACAACACCAAGCAGUUAGAGGAGUGUCUGGACAUAUACCAGCAGUUCUAUGACCUUCACAAAGCACAACAAGAUGAGCAAAAGCAACUGUGGGAGAAAUUGAACAGCAAUUUGGACUAUGGUGGAAAUAAACAAAUCCUAGAAAAGAGAUUAAGUUAUAUCACAGACCUACAAGACAGUCUUUCCGACAACAUGGCUAAGUUAGAUGAGCUGCAGAACUAUAUAAAACAAAAAGCAACAAGUUUGCCAGCUCGAGCUCAGGAAAAUAUGCAAAGAGACGUCGACAAUCUGAAGUUCGAUCGUCAAAAGUUUGUUACCACUCUAGCAGACGUCAAAUCUGCUCUGGAGAAUAGGUUAAAACAAUGGAACGAUUAUGAAGUUACCAUGGAUAAGUUGUUAUCUUGGCUGGCUGAUGCUGAAGUUUCUUUAAAGAGCUAUGCACUGAAGAGUACUUUAGAAGAGAAACAGGAUCAACUAGAUAAAUAUCAGGAACUAUCUAGAGUGAUCGAGUCUCAAAAAAUAGACGUGAAGGAGUUUAUUGCGAUUUCAGAUCAAUUAGAACAAGCACUGGCUCUCGCCUUACGACAGAAUGAACCCGAGUUCGAUAGACUGUCUGACAGUUCAGCAGAACUGGUUCAGAGUAGUGGAGAUACCAGAAUAGCGAACAACGUCCAACAGAUCAUUUCCAGAUUCCAGUCUGUUCAAGUUACCGCCAAGGAGAUCUUCAAGAAGUGCGAACAAGCACUGCAAGACCAUAAAUUGUUUGCUGACAAGUACAGGCAAUGCGCUGACUGGAUCACAGUGACAAGGAACAGGUACGAGAACUGCUUGAAGGACAUAGAGAAUGCAUCCCGUCAAACUCUCGAUGUUCAAGCUAAAUCUAUCGAAGAACUUUUGGCACAACAGCCCAAUGCCACCUCUCUCCUCAACAGCACUAUAGAAAUGGGCGAAAAACUAUACCCCUCUACCUCUCUAGAAGGCAAAGAAAUCCUAAAUAAACAACUACAAGAACUACGAGACGCCAUGGACCUAUUAUUCGACGAAAUAGGCAAAACCGACAGGAACCUUAAGUCCAAGAAAGUCAGAUGGUCAGGAUUCGAAGAAAGUCUGGCUAAAGUGUCCAGCUGGUUAAAGGACGCCGAGAGACAAACACCACAAGAUUUAGAACUGCGUGCCACUUUGGAAGAGAAAAAAUCGCAACUUCAAACUUACAGAAACCUCUUACACGACGUGUCGUCACACCAACAAGACAUUCUAGAUUUGAAAGAAAAAGCUGACAGUUUACCGGAACGAAACGAACUGAUUGAUAAUCAGUACAAGACUGUGUCAGAACAGUAUGAUAAGUUAUCUAAAAAGAUGCAAAACUUUGUUGAUCAGUAUGAAGUUAUUGUGAGCAAUCAUCAACAGUACGAAAAAGCCUUGCAACAGGGACAAGACUGGAUAGAUACCACCAACAGCAACAUUGCUAGCUUGAGUGAUCUGGAUUUGGACAGGACCAGUUUGCAGUCCAAUUUGGAAAGAUUAAAGGUACUAAAGGCAUCAAUCCGUGACGAAGAAUCCAGAUUACUUACCAUCAAGGCUCUAGGCGACAAAGUAAUCCCAGGAACAAUCGACUACGGACAGGCAAAUAUCCGUUCCCAAAUAGAAACCUCUCAACAACAAUGGGCAGCUCUGGUAUCAGCUCUCAAUACAGCUAUCCAACAAUUAGAAACCAAGUUACAAUUGUGGUCCGAAUACGAAUCAUUAAAAGAUCAAUGUCUGCUUUGGAUAAGAGAAACAGACAAUAAGUUGCAUUCUGUAGACCUAAAACCAACAGCAACUGAAAAGAAGAACCAGUUAGAUAUAUUAAAACAGCUCCAAGGAGAAAUAAAAGCUAAAGAACUUGAGAUAGAUCAGGUAACAGAACGAGCCCAGCAAUUGAACAAAGGUAUAAUGGGUAGACCUUCCCAGGUAUCAGAACUUGGUGUCAAAUACCAACAAAUCUGCCAAAAGAUUAAAGAUCUGACCAACCGCUGGCAACAACACGUUGCAAACCAUCAAGAUUUUGAUUCACAAGUGGAUCAGCUUACGCAAUGGAUGGAUGACAUUAAAGAAAAACUAGCUUAUUGCUCUGAAAUUGUUGGAACACCACAAAAAGAGCUUGAAUCUAAAUUGCAAACAGUGCAAGAACUUGUUUUAAGAAAAGAGGAAGGUUCGUCCAAGCUUCAAGCUUUAGUCGAGCUGGCUCAAACUGUACUAGCCAACACUGCACCUCAAGGUCACAAUGCAAUUAACGAAACUCUCGCCAGGCUUCAAGAGCAAUGGUCAAACUUGGCAGCGGCUAUGGUGGAAGCCAAAGGACACUUAGACGAUGCUCUUACGAAAUGGGCUGAAAUGUUGGAAGAGAUUAAAUCUCUUGUUAAAACGAUAGAAUCUUUGGAGGCGCAAUACGAAGAGUUAGCAGAACCUCAGGCUACACUUACAGAGAAAAAAGCUGUGUUAGCAAGAAUAAAAACUUUAGAAGAGAGAACCAGAGCUGAGAAGAUCGAUGUUGACAAUUUGAAAGCACAUGUUGCUGAAGUUUUGCAGAAGAAGAAGGGAGGUGAAGCCACUGCGGAAGCACAAGAAACAUUGAAACGCUUCGAUGCUAUUGCAGAAAAGAUAUUUAAACUAUCAUUGGACAGAGACGCUCAAUACAAGGACCACAAGGUAUACAAAGAAGCCCACGAUGAAGUCCAGAGGUGGAUGACAAGGGCACAAGAAAAAGUGCCACAGUUGCAACGACCACUGGGAGAAAAACUCACCGUAGAUACAAUCGCAGCACCAUUGGAUCAUCUUCUUAAUAAGAAGGCACAAGGAGAAGUCCUACUAGAAAAUCUUGAGCAUACAGCUCAGGUUGUCCUACCAAAUACAAACGCCAAAGGACAAGAACUUAUUAACAACGAUAUAAGGGCUUUGAGGGAAUCGUUUGAAAGAUUAUUUAAGGACUUAAAACAACAAAGAGAGCAGCUGGAUGCUGUGUUAGCUAACUGGAGGGAAUACAAAGAUGAAUAUGAAAGAGUCUCUGAUUGGUUGCAACAGAUUGCAAUAUUGAUAAAGAAUCAAAAAAUCGCUCUUAUGUCUACGUUACCGGAAAAAGAAAAACAGGUCAAAGACGUUAAAGAUAUCUUACAAAAACUUGUCGACGGAAAAGACCAAAUAGAUAAGUUAAACAAUUCAGCAAGUAUUUUGUUAAAAUCACCAUUAGAGAGCCAUGUAAAUCACCAGCUUCAACAACUCAACUCUAGAUAUCAGGUGGAAUUAAGCUUAGCAAAUGACGUGCUAAAGAAAGUUGAAACCAACUACGACCAACACAAAGAAUACGCUGAUAAUCUUGAAAAGACGAGAGCUUGGAUCGAUAAUGCUCGAGAACUAAUCAGAAAUUGUUCUGAAGCUGUCUCCCAUAGUAGCAGGGAAGUCUUACAAGGUCACCUACAACAAAUACAAGAUCUUCUCCAAAGACGUGAAGACGGACAAAAUCUAGUCCAUGCUACAGUUAAUUGUGGAGAAAAAGUACUGAGAAACACACGAUCAGACGGCAGGGAAGCUAUUAAUAACGAAAUAAAAGAAGUCCAAAGUGAUUGGGAGAGAAUCGUUAAGAAACUGUCCACUACCAAGGUCAAUCUAGAAACAGCGCUUCUUCAAUGGGCUGACUACGACAGUUCUUACAGCCAGCUACAACAAUGGAUAACAGACCGGGAAGCUAAAUUGCAACAAGUAACUGAACCGAAGAUCACAAAGUCUGAAAAGAGAGGACUUGGUAGUUUACCAAUUGGUGACAGAAAAGCUACUCUUCGUGAAACUGGAAGCAUUCUUCAAGACAUCGUUUCUUUCGAACCGAUGAUCCAAUCUGUUGCUUCUAAAGCUGAAGACCUAAAACAGAAAGCCCCAGCCUCAGAAAUUUCCACCAAAUACGAAACACUGUCUAGACAAGCACAAGAGUUGUACGACAAACAAAAGGAAUGUGUUGAGAAACAUGAAGCUUUCGUGGAAGCUGCUAAUGAUCUUCAUCAGUGGAUACGAAAUGCUCGGGAACGUUUGAAUAAAUGUUCAGAACCUACUGGAGACAAAGAAAGUCUUGGUAGCAAACUUUCCCAGCUUAAAGCUCUUAAAAACGAAGUUCCAGAAGGCCAGAAGAAGCUUGAAACCGCUAUUGAUCUAGCAGACAAAGCUAUAACGUUUGCUUCUGACAUGGACAAAGAAAUUAUUGAAGAAGAAGUUGGUUUGUUACAGGAAGACUUCGAUAACUAUGUAGAGAAUCUUAACCAUACAAAGAGUCUCCUAGAAGUUGGUAUUGUGAAGUGGACUGAGUACGAAGAUCAGUACCGAGAUGCUCUAGAAUGGUUGUCUCAAACAGAAAAAAUGGUACAGUCUUACAAUAAGCUCCAAGAUAGCUUAGAGGAAAAACGAGCAGUUCUUGAGCAUUUCCAAUUACAAUUACAAGGUCUAUUUGAUUGGCAAUCUGAAUUGGAUAGAUUAAAUAUGAAGGCGCAGGUCUUAUUGGAAACAUGCGCAGACACUCGUGUCAGUAAUGCAAUUACACAGAUAUCUACAAAAUACAACGCGAUCCUCUCCUUAGCUAAAGAAAUUAUGCGCAGACUAGAACUACAUUAUCAAGAACACCAACAACACAAUGCUUUGUGUCAAGAGUGUCAAGAUUGGAUGGACAGAACCAGAGAUAAGCUCAAUGGCUGCCUUGAAAUACCUUCUACAUUGAACGAAGUCAAUAAUAAGCUGCAAAUAGUUAAAAGCAUUAGAGCUUCCUUGGAGCAAGGUGAAAAUAAGUUGAGGUAUAUUCAAGAACUAAAGGAACGUGUGAUAAUGAAUACAGAGCAGUCUGGAAUUGCUAAGAUUAAAGAGGAUACUGAAAAUCUUCGUCUAGACAUGGAAAAACUCUUAAAUGACGUGCAAGACGCUAGAUCCAAACUGCAAGCUAGAGCCAACCAGUUGGAGGAUGUAGACAAGAUAUACAAGCAAUUAGUCGAGUGGUUAGAAGAGCAAGAAAGCCAGAUACAGUUGGAUGAUGGCUAUCUUAACGAACUAGGAGAGAAGAAGGCGAAAUUAGAGAAACUAAAAGCAAUUCAGAAGGAAAUCGAUUCACACAGCGACUUAGUGGAUAAAUUACAAAGUAAAAUCAGUGAAGAUUCUACACUGGUAACAAAAGAUUACGAAAAUGUCAUUCAACGUUACCAUAAAUUAAAGGAAGACCUAAACUCUUUGAUCUCCAACUUACAAACAGAAGUAGCAGACCAUGAAAAAUAUAAAGAAUCAUAUAACUCGGCUUGUGAUUGGAUCAGGAAGGCUCAAGUUGAGAUUCAGUCAUGUUCAGACUUGCAUCAAGAACUCGACAAGAUAUUAGAGAAAGAAAGUAAAAUUUUGGAAAUAUCUGACUCACUUAAGGACUGUGACGAUCUGAUACAUCAAACUAUCGAGUACAGCAUACUAGUUAUGAAAACUACUGGCUCCGAAGGUAAAGACAUCAUCAGAAAUGAAAUCGAACAACUUAAUGCUGAUUGGGAAGGUUUGCAAUUCAUUUGUGAAGACACUAAGAAGUCUUUACAAAACUGUAAAGAUGCAUGGGAAGAAUUUAAGAAGUCUUAUAACUCAGUCAACGAUGCUAUCGAUAAAUACCAGAAACGUUUGGACGAGAAUAUUAACGCUGAAUAUAAUGACAAAAAUCUGGAACAAUGUCGUGCUCUCCUACAAGAUAUUACAGCGCUGAAACCAGACAUGGAACAUUUAACAGACGUUUGUGAAAGUCUUAUUGAAUACUGCGCCAUUAGCUGGGUGAGGGACAAAACUGUCCAACUUCAAACAAAAUACAUUAAUCUCUUGACCAACAUUCAAAGUCUUGUGUCAAAGAUAGAAAAGAACUUGACAGAUCAAACCGAGUUUGUUAACACUAAAGCUGAAUUAGAGAAAUGGCUUCAAGAUGCUCAUACUGCAGUCCAAGACUGUGUGGGCGUUAGCAAAGAACCUGUCAUUAAGGAAAAAAUUGGAGUUGUUGGAAAUAUAGCUGCCAAUAUGGGAGAAGGUCAAGCCUUGUUGUCAAAACUACAAGAUGCAUUUGCUAAAGCUAUAAAUGUAGCAACCAGUGAGAAACAAAACGAACUUAGAGACGACAUGACAACUUUAAGGAACAGCUGGGAUCAAAUCAAUAUGGAUAUAAAAUCAAUCCAAGCACAACUUAAAGCAAGUUUGGCAAGAUGGGAAGAAUUUAAUAACAAUAAACAGAAGUUUGAAAUAUGGUUAAGCAAUACAGAAAAGAAACUUCAAGAAAAAACAUCAACUAAAGGAGAAGUCAGUGAAAUUAAGACUCUGUUGGAAAGAUUUAAGAAUCUUCAGACUGAAAUUCAAAACAAAGAAGCUGAUUUGGAAAGAUUGAAGACUGAAGCACAAGAUUUGAGCAAUUGGGUCAAGGAGCCUUCAGUUUUGGAACCAGUCAAAGAAUUAGAAACAAGAUACUUGAAGUUGUCUGAAGCUUGUAACGCUAUUAAAGAAUCGUUCGAGCAAGAACUGGAAGAUUUCAACAUAUACCAUCAAAAACUUCAAGAAACUGAAAAAUGGUUGUUGCAAGUGUCUUUCCAACUUAUGGCUCAUAAUUCCCUGUAUAUCAGCAACAGAGAACAAACUGAAGAACAGUUGGCCCAACACGAAACACUCCUACAAGAAAUUCAAAAGUACCAAGCCACACUAGAUGACGUUCGAGCCAAAGGACAAGCCCAAAUCAACAAAUACGAGAAAGAAGCGCCCAUUGUUAAAGACACCAUCGAGAGACAACUGAACAAUGUUCAAGACAGCUACAAUUCGUUAUUACAGACAGCAAUACAAAUCAAAAAUAGAUUGGCUGAUUCUCUUGCUAAAUUCAAGGAGUAUGAAGAUACAUUGGAUAGCAUCAUUCAAAAUUUGGACGAAUACGAGCCAGUUGUAGCCCAAGAAGUUGAAAAGCCCAUCGAGAAUUUGGCUGAUGCUAAAGCACAACUCGAAACUGCCAAGACUCUCCAUAACAAGUUGCAGAGCGAGAAAUCUAGACUGGCCGUGGCUGUGCAAGCUUGCGAAGCAGCUACAGCUUCUAUCAGUCGGCCCAGCAGUCCAAGAGAUACUCUUCCCCCUCCAGUGCCGAUCAAAGAACUAGAAUGUAGAGCUAGAUUAGAAGACGUCAUCGAUCAGCCGCACCAAGAAUCAGAAAGUUCUAAGCAUUUUACUUCAAAAAUGCUUUUGAAUAGAAUAACUGCACGUGAUAAUAUUAACCAGCUAACAUCACAAAUACAAAAGAUCCAAGCUCAUCUCAGCGACUUGACAACUUCAGUCGCAGAGUUUGAAGAACAAGAAAAACAACGAAACGAACUCAAAAACUGGAUACUAGCUCAGAGAACUGUAGUAAAUGAAUGGAAGAAUCGCCCAGUUAAGUUAAGACCUGAUGCAGCUAGACAAGAAAUCAACAACAUGAACGAUCUCUUGACCGCAAUCGAUCAACGAAGAAAUAUGCUCAUCUCAGAAUUAGCAUCUUCCGGUGACGAGAAUGAUGAGUUGGAGAAGAUGCUAGAUGACUUAGAGAAAGACUUGAUUGGAAUAAUCGCUCAAAAACAAGCUAACUUGGAAGUUAUUGAUGAAUAUAGACAAAACGUCCAAGUAAUGAAUAAUUGGUUUGAUAACCUAGGUAAAAGAAUCGAAGCAAUUGAUAAAGGCUCUGGUCUAAAUUGUGAACAAAAACAAUCCUCCAUUUCUGAAAUUAAAGCUGAGUUCGACGACCAGGGACCAAAGAGGCUACAAGAAAACAGCCGCUUAGCUUCACAAGUUAUUGAGUUUGUAAAUAACCUCGACUCACAGCAAAUAGAAGAACAAUCUAAAGCCACUGAAAGACGAUACAACGAUAUUGCUAAGAGACUUCAACGAAAGUUGCAAGUCUUGGAAAUGACUAAGAAGGGAAUAGAAGAUACCAGAAAUGAAAUAGCUGCAGCUAGAAACUGGAUUAAAGACAAGACAGUCUCAUUACGCAAACCUGAACCGCUUGGUUUCGAAAGCAGAAAAGCUGAUGAUAGAAUCAGUGGUCUACAAGAUUUACUCAAAGAAGCUGGAAACAAACUCGUCCUUAAAGAGACCUUAUUGAAACGUAUUAACAACAUGACUAAUGAAUUGGAACCAAAUGAAGCUUCCCAAAUUGAGAAGAGCCUCAAAGAACUAGAAAGCGAACAGGGUCAGUUAGUAGACAUGAUUAAAUCUGAAAUUGAUCGGGUAACAGCUGCGGCUAAUACAAGGCGCAACCUGGAAUUAGACCUUGAGAAGGCUAAGGCAUGGUUGAAGGCUAAAAAUGCAGAAAUCAGAAAAUUAUCUGGUUAUCUUCCUCUACAAGCUAAUCAAGUAGAACGAGAAAUAGCACAACAUGAAGCUCAUGAGGCUGAUAUUAAACAAUUUAGUGAAGGCGAUUUGAAUGACCUGCUAAAACUCGGCAAUAGUGUCCUCAAAGACUGUGAUGAUAACGAUAGAGAACGUCUGCAAAGAUUGAUGGAUGAAGUAAAAGAUGAGUAUGAUAACCUCAAACAAGAGUCUGCACAGAAAAUCGCAGCUCUUCAAGAUUUACUUAAGGGCAGAAAGCAAUUUGAGACACAAAUCGAAGAAUGUGUGAAUUGGUUGAAGGAAGCUGAAGUAGCAACGUCUUCUGACAUCAGAGCUGCUAACUUGGAUGUGCUAGAAGAGCAGCUAGUCAAGUAUGAGCAAUUACAUGAUAAUGCCAAGAAAAUACAGGGUUCUAUUGAAAAAGUUACUGAACAAGGCAAAGCUAUUUUACCGACCAUUACAGAAUCAGACAAAAUUACUCUUAAUGAUACAUUGAAUAGUCUAAAAGAUCGUCAUAGAAGAGUUGCUGAUAUCAUAGAAGAUAGAAUGACAGGUCUUAAGCAAAACAUAAACCAACUUAAAGAAGCGCAGAAGAUUAUUGAAGAAGGAAGACAAUUCAUUCAAGACAUUCAAGCACAACUUAAGGAGUUGAACAAACCUCUUGGACCUAAAGUUGAAGAUGUUCAACAAGUGAUAUCUACAUAUGAAAGAAUCUUACGUGAUCUUAAAGAUAAUAGAGCCAAGUUGUCUAAUGUACCGGGAGCCAACACAGCAGAUUUACAGUCUUUGAUUAAUUUGGAAGAUGAUUUGAUUAAAUCUGUGGAAGACCAAUUAGCUAAACUUCGUCAAUUGCUCCUUCUCCGCGAGCAGUACUUGGCACUCAUUACCGAGAUAAUGACAUUUAUUACUAAAUACACUGAGAUAGUAAGAGAUAUCGAAAAGUCUGGUGGUACUAUCCAAGACAAGAUUCAAAAGUACGACGAUGUAAUUUCCAAAAUUCAAGAAUGCGAAGCUUUGCUUGCUUCUGCAUCAGAUAAAGGCCAACAGAUCGCUGCAGAUGGUUCAGCUCAAGACAAAAACACAAUUACACAGCAAAUCCAAUCACUUAAACAAUCUCUACAAAAUCUGAGAAGAGCUGUAGAGAAACAACGACAAGAACAUGAAAAUACAGCUGCUGAACACCUUAAGAUUGCUGCAGAGUUGGAAGAAGUAUUGGAUUGGCUUCAUGAUAACGAAAGUGUAGUCAGAUCCAGACCUUUGCUCGGUAGAGAUAUUAAUACUGUCGAUAAAGAACUAAAGAACCAUGAAGAACUAGCAGAAAAGGUGAAUGAGCAUCUUGAUAAGAUUAGGAAGAUUAAAGAAGCAACAAAACAUGAUGAAAGUCUUCCCGGAUCUAUUCAAGAACAGCUACAAGAAGCGAACUCUUUGUUGGUAUCAUUACCAAGAGAACUUGAAGAAAGGAAGAAAUAUUUGGAUACCAACAGAGUUCUUCGGGAAGAAUACGCAGUACAGAAACAGAAAUUAUAUGAUUGGAUCAAAGAAGCUGAAAUUCGUCUAGCGACUCACAAAGAUGGUGUUGAUUUCGAAAAUAUUGUACAGGAACUUGAAGAACAUAAAAUAUUCUUCAGUACAGAGAGCAAUAUUAAGGACUUAGUCAACCAAAAUAUCCAACAAGCUGCUGAUAAAAUCUAUCCCAGUUUGACUUCAUACGAGCAAGAGGAGCUUAGCCGUGAGCAGCAACAGCACAUGCAGGUUUUGAAGAACACCCUCAAUUCAGCCAAAUCACAGAAAGCGCAACUGGAGCAAGACGCUGAGAUCUGGAAGGACUACUGCAACACCUUGGAGAAGGUUAAAGCUGUCAUAUCCAGGACACAGUUUACCGACGAGCCUGUUUCUACUCUUGCUGGACUGCAUUUCAACAUCCAGAAGAUUUCGCAUGCCUUGAACGACAUACAUAACCAACAAUUGGAACUCGACCUUCUCCACGAACGUGUCAAUGAGAUUAUUCAGCAAGCAGACCAGAAAAACAGACUCAACAUUCAGUCUCAAAGUGACAAAGUAACUGAGGAAUGGACGUCGCUCGUGUCGGGGUUGGAAAACAGGAGAGACACUCUUACAGCAUUAUCCCAAAUGUGGGAGGUAUUUGAAGGAAGACUACAAAACUUCGAAAGUCUUCUUAGCACCGUUGGAGAAAAAGCUAAACAUCUGGACUACGUAGUGAGAAACAAGGACCACGUUGUUCAAACUAAGAAGAGUGUCGAGGAACUACAGGCUGAAGCUGAGGGUAUCAAAACCCACCAGGCAGAGGUCAAGAAACUCUCAGAAACUAUUUUGACAUACCUUAAGGAGAGCUCUCCAGCGUCUGCGAACGCGCUCUCCUCUAAAUUGCAACAACUUGAUGAAACCUACGAAAGGCUUUUAACUGACUUAAAGGAAAAACGCCAAAAGACAGACAAAGAUUUGAAAGAAAUAGAAGAAGCGUUGUUGGAUAUCAAGAACAAGAAAUCUAGUCUCAGCAGUCUGAAACAAGAAGUAGAAAAGUUCUACGUAUUUGACGCUAACAUAACGAAAACUCAGGAAGACUUGAACAACCUUCAAGCCAAAGUUAGUGACGAGAUUGAAAAGACUAAAGACUUCUCCAGCGGUAUUAUUAAAAAAUAUACUGCUCUACAAAAUCUUGUUCCAUCUGACGUAGCACAAGAACUGAACCAAUUAGAGCUACUAGCAGAAUCUAUUUCUAACGCCAUGGAAGAAAAAGACAGAGAAUUCAAGAAAGCUAAAACCAUCAGAACUGAUUUCAGUAACGACGUUGAUGAAGUACAAUCCUGGAUCAAGGACGCAGAGCUCCAAAUUCAAGACAGAUCCAUCGAACCUCAAGUCUUACACCAACAUCUCCAACAAAUUCAGUCUGAAUUCGCAAGCAUCAACGACAGGCUUGACAAAUUGACCAGAAACGGAAGGAUUAUUAUCCAAAAGACCAAAGACGACGAAGAAAAAGAAAUCACCCAGUCGACAAUUAAUAAUUUGACUGAACAAUUGUCGCACAUUAAAUCGUUGUUGGAUGAAAGAAAACAACAAGUUGGGGAAACUUUGGAUGCUUGGCAGAGGUUCUUGAUGUUAUACCAGGCUGUGAUGCAGUGGGUGGCUGAGAAGAAGGUCUUCCUCAAAGAUCCACUUCGUCUGAGUACUUUGACUGAAGCUAAACAAAAAUUACAUGAAUAUUCGAAUGCCGUGAAGAGCUGCAAAGGUGCUACCAAAAAUUUGAGUGAUAUGGCCAAAGAAUUAGAAAAUAUUGGAAAUGUUACCAGUGUGGGCGACCUUCCGCAGAAGAUGGAAGAAGCCGAAGAAGCUAAGAACGAAGUUGAAGCAAUGAUUCUAAAGAGGAACGGAUUACUUCAAGAAACAUCCGAAGAAUGGGAACAAUGCGAGAAAAAGAUAAAGGAUGUUAAGAGCUGGAUAGAAAAGACUAAGACAGCUUUAGACUCGCCACAAAACAAGAAGAAACCACUUAGGGACCAACACGGUAUCAGAGAAAAAAUGUUAGCCGACAUCCAUAUUCAGAAAACCAAAAUAUCGCUGUCAGUAGAAAAAUUACAGGUUCAUUUCCGUUCCGGUAUAGAGAGUGACUCCAAGGUCACCGAAUCGGCCGAAGACUUACUCAUCGAACUCGAUCAGCUCGCCCAGGUCAUAAAAACUCAAAGCACAGAACUAGAAACCGCCAUUGCCCAAGUAGACAACUACCAACAAGAAGUCCAACAGCUCCGUCAACAGAUCGUCCAAGUUGAACAACAGCUCAGAACGACAAUGGCGCCAAAUUAUCUUCCCCAUGACAGAGACCAAGCGCUCCGCGACCAACAGGCGCGGAUCGAAUCCAACCGGCAGGAGAUCUCCACGCUCGUCACCAAAAUCCAACAAGUGGACCCUUACUCCACACAACCCCACCCCGAGUACUCCCUUCUCGGAGUAUCGUACGCAGAUAUAGCCGCCGGACGCUCUAAAUCGCAAGAACGCCGAUCAGCUUCGCCCGCCUACGAAAAACACGAUGCCGAAUCUAUGCAUUUGGAGAGAAACUUAACUGUACUUCUCCCUGAGUCAAAACAUGUAGAACCACCUGUUCAGAUGGAAGUAAAAAGUGAAAUUAAAGCACCCCUUGAAAAUAUUCCUCAAAUUUUAGAACCAGAGGUUACAAAACAACCAGAAACUCAACAUAAACCAAAGGCUGCACGACGAAGUCGUUCCCCCAGGCCAAGAAAUUUACCAAACAAAGCCAAAAUUCAACCUGAGCAGCAUUCUGUUACUUCAACUCAUACCACCAUUGUUAAAACAGAAUUUGUAGAACCUACAGUAGUUACAGAAUUAAGAGAAGAACGAGUAGAUGAAUCUAUAGAUCAUACUGAUGAUACUGAAUCUGGUUAUCUAUCAGUUCAACAAAGGAUAAGAGGUAGAUCUCCUAGUCCCAUGUGGGCACCUGGAAAUACAACUUACGCCGAGAUCUUAAGAGGCCAAUUCAGAUCAUCUGAAGAAAGAGAACUGUAUCUUCAGGAUGAAAGAAAUAAGCAAGUAUAUCAGGAAUUAGAAAAGCAAGCUAUUGCGCACAUUGACAAACAUGUAGAUAUAGAACCACAAACUGAACUUGAGUUCGAAGUUCCUGAUGUACAAGAUAACUUUAACAAUAUAACUGAAGAUAAUUACGUGGUGCCUUCUUUUAUCCAAGACUGGACUCAGUAUCAUCAACAAGAGUAUUCUGCACCUCCACAAAUAGAGCAGAAUUAUUACGCUCAAAAUAUGAAUGUGCCUCUUGUGGACUACAUGCAGCCUACUCCAGAAAUGGUAAAUUUCAUGUCUUCAAAUCAACAAAUUAUAAAUACGCCUGUAGAAACUUACCAAAGUUCCAAUAGUUAUAAUAUUCCUUAUCAAGAGGGUGCUUAUGAGGACACGAGUUACUCAGAGGGAAGUUAUUCUAGUCAGUCUAUUCCUACGAGUAUCGUACCUCCUCCAACUGAACAAAUGGUGAUAGAAAAUAUAGUGCCUAUAGAAGAUAACGAAAAAUACGAAGAAGUGUCUCGUGAACCACUAACACAAGCGUCACAACCGGAUGUUACUGGUUCGCAUUUCUCGUACGCUCAAAUUUUGUCUCAGGGACUAAGCGGCAAAUCUCUCCAGCCAUCCAGUAUAGCAACAGUGCAACCUUCGAACGCUCGACAAGCCCCCAGACUAAAAUCUCCCGUGCCUGGGUAUUCCACGCAUGCGGAAGAUACGAAGUCUAAAUCAAGGGAGCACAAAACGCGCAAAUCUUUGAAGGAUAGGUCUCUUAAAGAAGAGAAAUUCCUCAAUGUUGCUUAUAAGCAACAUCCAGAAACAUUAAAUGAAGUAACCUUCGAACAUGAUCAGCUGCAUUCUUACCAUGGAGAGCCUACCAAUGUAGGAGGUCGAGAAGCAACUGAUAUUUCCUCCACACAAGACUUAAAACUUAGUGAUAGUGAUGUUUCUCCUAUUAUAGAUAUACAUAAGACUAAUAAUAAGUAUAAGAAAACUAAACCUUUAGAUGAGUCACAUACUAAACAGAUAACUGUUACCAAAACAAAAACAAAAACCGUUAAAGAACCACACAAAGAAGUUACAAUCGUAGAAACCAAAAUAACUACCACGUCUAAAUUAGAACCAACUGACAAAUCCUCAGUAGAUGAAUCUCACGACAGUGAAGAUAUAAGCAAUCCAACAAAAGAUAAAAAAUCAAAACAUAAACGAAAACCAAAACAUUCCAGACCAAACGAAAAUAAGGCUGCUUUUGUUAUUGAAGAGUUUAUUAGACACAUAUCUGAUGAAGAAACAGAAGAUAGAAGUGACCAUCCGCCACAGCGUCAACGUAAACCUAAACCAAAUAAGCCAACAACUCAAAUAAAACACUCAGAAGAGUUUAUAAACCAAGAGCAAAUCCAAACUAGCACACUUAAGCUUGAACACACCUCAACUAUUGAUACUACUAGCUCUGCUUUCAUUGAAUCAGAAAAAGCAGGCAACGAAAUACAUCAAAUAGAUGUAGAUCAUCCCAUAGAGAAGUCUAAAAAGAAAAAACAAAAAAACAAACCUCAGCUUCCAGAAAACGCGACACCAGAACCAGUUACAGAGCAAGAACCAAUUAUUGAGCCUCAACAGACCUCAAAUAUUAACAUCAGUACGUCAGCGUUAAUUGAAUCAGAAAAAGCAACCAGCGAAACACAAAAAUUAGAACAACCCAUAGAGAAGUCUAAGAAGAAGAAACAGAAGAACAAAUCUCAGCCUCAAGCACCAGAAACGGUGAAACCAAACAACGAAAUCAUUGUUUUGAAAACCACUACUUCCCAAACAACCACAGGAGCAGAUAUAUCUAAUUUAACUGAAGCCACCAAAGUUACAGAAACCUCUGUUACCGAAAUCGAUACAAAACAAACGGCUGGUACAGAAUCAUCAGAAUCAGUCAAACCUACCGAUGAAGAUAGCCACAAAAAAUCUAAAAAGAAGAAACAUAAGAAACCUCAGCCUCAACAAGACACACAAAUUGAUCAACAUGAAGUACCUCUAAAAGAAGUUGAAUUGGUUGUAACGGAAACAACCGUAACAGAAAAAACGGAAGAUAAAGUUGAAGACUCAGUCAUUAAACCAAAAAGAAAGAAGAAUAAGAAGGUUCAGCCAAAAACCGAUGAACCUCAACAAGAAAUUGCUAGUCAAGAAACUCCACACUUGGUAAAGUCCGUUGAAUCUGUAGAUCUUGUAACCGAAGUUGAGCAACAAGACACGAUAAUCAGCACAAGCCAUACUGAAGAUAGUUCAAAUGCGCAAACUACUAAGAAGACUAAAACCAAGAAGCCAAAGAAAAUACCUGCCACUUCUGAAAAUUUCAUCGAAAAUGAAAAGACACAUAGUAAUGUAGAUGUUGUUGAAGUUGCCAGUGAACAAAAGGACCAAUCCGAUAUAAAUUAUGUAACCACGCAAUUCAUAACCACCGAGAUUCAAGUAGAAGACAACUAUAUAGUUCCUAAGAAUGUUACAGAAAGAAAAGUUGAUGAUAUAUCUGAAGACAAAACAACUAUCAAAUAUUCUGAUAUUGCAGCUCAAGAACCGUCUAGAGACACAAUCCAAGAUACUUUGAAUGAACCUUCUAAGAAAUCUAAAAAGAAAAAAGAAAAGAAGGUUCCUCAGAUUAGUGAAACAUUAAAAUCAGUAGAUACUGUCACUGUUGAUAGCAAAGUUCCAGAAAUACUAGACGGUACACAAGAAACUUUAUCUGUACAAAAGUCUGAAGAUGUGCCAACUUGUAUAUCCACUACAGAACAAAUAACAGAAUCCCUAGAAAUAGUUGAACCUGUUAAGACUGUUAGUGUUGAUAGUAAAUCUCCAGAAGUAUUAGAAAAUACUCAGGAAACUUUAGGUAAACCCAUACAAAAAUCUAACAAGAAAAAAGAUAAAAAGAAGGACAAACCAGUUGAUACUUUUACUACAGAACAACUUACAAUAUCCACAGAAAUUGUAAAACCUGUUGAUACUGUUACUGUCGACAUUAAAUCUGCAGAAAUCGUGGAAGAAGUUCUGGAAACUUUAGAUAAACCCGUAGAAAAAUCUAACAAGAAAAAAGAUAAAAAGAAAGACGUACCAGCUGAUAAUUUUACUACAGAACAAUUUGCAGUAUCCACAGAAAUUGUAAAACCUGUUGAUACUGUUACUCUCGACAUUAAAUCUUCAAAAAUCAUUGAAGAUACUCAGGAAGAUUUAGAUAAACCUGUAAAAUCUAGCAGAAAAAAAAAUAAAAAGAAAGACGUACAAGUUGAUAGUUUUACUACAGAACAACUUACAGUAUCCACAGAAAUUGUAAAUCCUGUUGAAACUGUUACUGUCGACAUUAAAUCUGCAGAAAUCAUGAAAGAUACUCAGGAAGCUUUAGAUAAACCUGUAAAAUCUAGCAGGAAAAAAGAUAAAAAGAAGGACGUACCAAUUGUUACUUCUACAACAGAACAAACAACAGAAGUAGUUAAAACUGUUGAUACAGUUAUUGUAGACAAUAAACUUCCAGAAAUCGUAAACGUUACAGAAACUUUAGAUAAAUCUGUACAAAAGUCUAACGAAGAAGAUAAAAAGGAACAAGUAUUAGUUGUUACUUCCACUACCGAACAAAUAACAGAAUCCCUAGAGUUACCAAAAUCUCUUGAUAUUGAAACUCAAGACGAACCUGUUAAAAAAUCUAAGAACAAAAAGGAUAAAAAGAAACCAGACACAAUAGUUACAACGACCACCAUAGUGCAGGAAACAGAAAUUCCAAUAACGGAGCCGGUAGAAGCUGUUAAAGAAGACAGUACUCCUUCUGAACCUAUAUUGGUAGAACAUAUUGAACCACCUUCAGACAAGACUAAAGUUGAACACGACAUUAAAAAGAAAUCAAAGAAUAAAAAAGAUACGAAACCUGUGUUAAAAGUCGAUACCUCUACUACAAAACUAACAACAGAAUCGUUAGAGGUACUUAAUGUUGUCACUCAACAACAUGAAGUUAAACAUACUGAAAAUAUUACGACAAAUGUCCAAGAAGUUGUAGAUAAGUCUAUUGCAGAAACUAGAGAACCAGAAAGUCAGAAAAUUCUUGAGAGCCAUACCAUGGUUGAAUCUUCACUUGAAGGCGAAGUACUUCCAACCUUAGAAUCUGUACCUCUGAAAUCUUCUGACACUAAAGUAGAAGAAUCUAUAAAUAAACCUAGUAAAAAAUCGAAUAAGAAAAAAGAUAAAACUAAACCUAACAUCAAUGCUGAUGAAGCAACCAAAACUCCUAUCACGGAACAAGUGACUGAGUCUUUGGUUGUAGUAGAUACUAUCGACAAAACUAAUAAAACAGUCAUUGUAAAACAAGACCUCGAGCUCCCCAAUGUUUUAGAACAAACUACUGAAUUAAUUCAGCCAGUGAUUGAUAUCAUUAAAGAUUCAGACGUUCAGAAUACUUUGGAUGAAACUAGCAAGAAGUCUAAAAAGAAAAAAGGCAAAAAGCAACCUGGAAUUGAUGAAAAAACUGAAGUUUCUACUAAAGUAGAAACAAUAAAACCACUGGAGCUGAAAAUAACAACUAAUAUUAUUGAGUCUAAACCUGUUGAAACCAAUGAAACUCCAGAAGUAAACGAUAAAGAAGAAUCUUCACCUACAGAUGCAUUAAACGUAAUAAGUGAUCAAAUAAAUGCACUUUCGACAUUCAUAACAGAAAAAACUCAAACUACUCAAUCUCAAACAGUUGUUACAGAAGAGUUACCUAUAAGUGAAGUCAAAACAACUGAAAUAACUGUAGUAGAAACUGAUAAAAAAUCAAAAAAUAAAAAACAGAAGAAGAAACCUUUGCAAAACAAACAGGACAAAGUUUCUGAAGAUAUUAAAGCAGAUGAAAAUAAAGAAAAUAUUAUUUUGGAAGCUGACACAAGACUUGAAAAUAUAAAAACCGAGAAAGAACCAACAACAAGUUUAAACAGAGUUGUUUCCCAAACUACAGAAUCAUUUUUAGUAAAUGAAAAGCUUCACAAUAAAGACAUCAUUCCUACAGACGUUAGUAAUAAAGAUAAAGACGAAGAAAAGGCUUUAAUAACACAAUAUUUAAGAGACGGUUCUUCUGAUUUUAUUGAAUCUGUCAUAACAAAUGCAGUAACAAAAGUUACAGAACUGUCUAAAACAGAAAAGUCUACAACAACAAAAACUACAACAAGUAGUCAGAUGUUUAUAGACUCGCAGAAAUCUACACAUCAGAUAAAAGAAGGUGAUAAAUCUCAAAAUACUGUUGCUGUCAAAGAAACUAUAGUAACUAGUGAACCAAAAGAUACCACCAAAAUCGUGUUUAUUACUCACGAAGAAGUAAGAAUGAAGCCCGUGAUAUCAUUAAAGAUGGAAUUUACAGAACCCGUUGUUGAAGAAAUACAUCAUAUUGAGAAAGGAUUGUGUGAAGAAGAAACGAAAGAUACCAUCGAUGCUGUACGGCAAGAAACUUCUGUGGAAGAACAACUGUUAACUAGAACCGAAAAUGAAAAAAUUGUCCAAGAAGUAGAAGAACGUCAUCAAAUAAUAACAGAUAAUGUAGAAAAAGUGACAGAAGAAACUUCUGAGAACUAUGAUCUUGAAAUGGAACAGGUAAUCUUUGGAUCGGUUAAAGAACGACCUAGUCAAAAAGCUAUUAGGAAAGCAAGAGAAGAGAAAGAGAAUAAAGAAAAAACUAAAGAUGAUGACGACAAUAUUAGUACCAAUAAAAAACGUCAGGCUUUACCUUUGGACGUACUGUUAGACACAACUACUGACAUACAAUCUCCUGACAAACACAUUGAACCGUCACUGUCAAGAACAGAUUCAGUUAUUGAAACCGAAAUUACAACUUUCGAAAAUAUAAUGGAAGUUUUGGAUUCCAGACAGUCUAAAAAAGUAUCUACUACAUUAACAGAAGAUCAAACAAUCCAGAAACCUAGUGAGUCAUGUGAUAUUUUACAAGAUGUAACUGUAAGUAAAACAGAGCCUGUUUUUAUUUCAGAUGAAGAAUUAGUUGAGAGAGAUAUCGAAGAGGCUGAUAGCUCAGACAUUGUUACUAUUUCAGAAUUGAGCGAAACAGAAAAGAAACACCUACAAGAUACUCUCAGAACAGAAAGUGCAGUUGAUGAUUUUAUAAUUCAAGAAAUAAAAGACAGUGAAGAAAACGUUACAUCUACUGAACAACAGGUAUUAGAUACAACAGAAACAUCCCAAAAUACUGAAAACAUUCUUUUACAGCUUAAGCAAGAAACAUUAUCCAAGUAUAAGCCGGACUUAUCUAGUAUACCUGAUAGGAAAGUAAGACCUCAUGUCCCUUGGUCAACAAUAACUACCACUGUAACUGAAUCUACCGUAACCACCGAAGAAGCAAACAUGGAUAAAACAACACACGAGACAUGUAUUACAAGCGACAAAAUUCAAGAAGAAACGGGUAAGCCGAUUACUAAAAAGCCUGAAAUGACCGUUCAAAUUAAAGAACCAGAACUGAUAGUCAAAGAACCAACUAAAGAAACCAGUAUUGAAAGCAAAGAGGCAGAAGUUCCUGAUAAAACUCCAGAACUCAAAUCAUCAAGUGUCUUUAUAAAGGUUGAGAAAGAUUAUUUCCAGAAUCUACCUACGAUACCAAUGUCACCAGAGAAGCCUUUGCCAGAAAUAUCCUACCUAGAAGCAACAGUUGCUGCAAGUGCUCCUCAAGCCAUUAAAAUUGUAGAGAAACCUCAAGACGAUUUACAAGACAUUCUUACUGCUCUUAAAACGGAAACGAUUCAAAAGUAUCAACAAGAAGUUCAAAAAGAAAUUACAGAAACUAUUUCCAAGAACGAGAAAGAAGAGCAAGAAGAGAUUACAGAAGCUAUUUCCAAGAACAAGAAUGAAAAAGAAAAACAAGAAGAGUUUACAGUACCUGUUUCUAAGAACGAAAAAGUUGAAGCUAAAAAGAAAAAGAAGAAAGAUAAGAAAAGAAAAUCUGUAACAUUUGAAGAGACUCCUCAAAUAAUAAAUAUUGAAGAGCAACACCCUUGCAUAGAAGAAACACAAGCUUUGAGUCCAGAUGAUGAUUCUGAGAGUGCUGAAGAAUUCGUUUUUGUCUCUGUGGAAGAACGCGAAGAAAAAGGCAAAGCACCUGAAGAAAAGCAUAUUGAUGAAAUCGUACAAACCUUUGAAGUGAUUCAGAAUACUACCGUCGAAGAAAACACUACUACUGACCAUAGUACUAUCAGUACACAACAAGAUGAAAUUACUGAAUCAGUACAGGAUAAAAAAUCCAAAAAGAAAAAAUCUAAAAAGCCUAAAGAUGAACAAAAACAUGAAGAUAUCAGUUCUGUUCAGGACAAAAAACCUGCAAAAGUACCAGAACAUAGGGUAAACAUGCAUAUAAAUGCAAUGUUCAUUACAGAAGAAAUAAACAAUUCAUUACUGCCAGAAAUUACAAAAACAACUGAUGAACAAGAUGUGCCAGAUAAAAUUGAAAUACCAGUGGAACUGCCCAAAAUGGACCACAAAGAGAAGUCUAAAAAACAGAAAAAUAUAGAAAUUAAACCUGUGCCUGAAGAAACAUUUACUGAAACAAUUAGUGAAAAAUCAGUGCCCAAAGAUGAGCCUAAAUCGAAAAAGAAAUCAAAGAAAAAACAGACUAAACACGAAGAUGUAUUAUCCACAGAAAUAUCUAAAAAUGAAGCCAUUGAAGAAAAAACACCUCAGGCCAUUACACAAGAAGUAAAAACAGUAACUGAAACUGUUAUAUCAACAGAUAUAUCUAAUAAAAUAGAAGAAGAACAAGUGAAUAGAACUGAAUUAGUUACAACAGUAGAAGAGCAAAAACCUGAAACACCUAAACCACUUACACAAGAAGUUAAAACGUUAACCGAGAAUCCUACAUUAACAACUGAAUUAGUUGAAGAAGUAGAACAAGAACUACUACCAAUAGAAGUUGUUUCGACUCAAAUUAAAGCUACUUCUGCGGUGCAAAUAGAAGAACAAAAACCGAUAGCAGAAAAAGUAAUGGUAGACCAUAAUGAAGAACAGACAAUUAAAGUUGAUGAAGAUUUAGAAAACUUAGAUUCCAGUUCCAAACCAAGGAGGAAAAAACAAAAGAAAAAAACAGCUGCAGUGGAAGAAACUCCUGAUCAACAAGAACCUAAGGUUGUUCGUACACCGGUUGAAUCCAUCGAUACAACAAAUAUUCAGGAACUAGGUGUUUCCUACGCUACGAUCGUUAAGACAAAUGUUACUGAAACACAAACAGUGACAGAAGAACAGAAAGUAGAUGAGGAAACAAUUUCAGUAGAGCAUAUUAAAGAAAAUGUUCAAUAUCCGGACUCAGAGGAUAGUACUACUUCCGAAGUGAAAAAAUCAAAGAAGAAAAAGCAUAAAAAGAAACAUCCUCAAAUUCCUGUACCAGAUGAAAAAAUUGUUGAGGAAGUUCAUUCAGUACAAGAAGCAAAAGAAACAGAAGUCGCUGCCAAACCUAAUGAAGAAACAGUGAUCUUAACAAACAAACCUUCUUGGGCUAGUAUUGUAAGUUCAAACUUAGAACCAAAGCCUCAAUAUCUCGAACCUGUUGAAAUCAAGCCUAAACCUGUGCCAGCAUAUAUUCUGGAACCUUCAAAGGAAACUACAGUUCUUUCGGAUGCCAGUGAGUCACAUCCAGAUGAAAAGAAACACAAGAAGAAGAAGCACAAGAAAAAGCACGUAGCUGAAGAAAUUCAUAAACCAGCAUUUACAGUCACAGAAGAAAUACGUCAUAUAUCAGAUACAGAAACUGAAACGAUAAUAGAAGCAGAAGCUAAACCAUCUGUAUCGCCUAGUCCACUUAUAGAAGUUGAUGACACUGAAAAACAUGACGUUACAAAGGAAACUACAGUUCUUUCGGAUGCCAGUGAAUCACAUCCAGAUGAAAAGAAACACAAGAAGAAGAAGCACAAGAAAAAGCACGUAGCCGAAGAAAUUCAUAAACCAGAAUUUACAGUCACAGAAGAAAUAAGACACCUAUCAGAUACAGAAAUUGAAACUAUAAAAAAACUAGAGGCUAAACCAUGUGUAUCGCCUAGUCCACUUAUAGAGGUAGAUACUGAAAAACAAAACGUUACAAAGGAAACUACAGUUCUUUCGGAUGCCAGUGAGUCACAUCCAGAUGAAAAGAAACACAAGAAGAAACACAAGAAAAAGCAUGUAGCUGAAGAAAUUCAUAAACCAGCAGUUACAGUCACAGAAGAAAUCAGACACAUCUCAGAUUCAAAAACUGAGACGAUAAUAAAACCAGAAACUAAACCAGAAGACGUUGAUGAUACUGAAAAACAAGACGUUACUCAUAAAAAGAAAAAGAAGAAAAACAAAAAACAUCAACAAGAAGUUGUAGAAGCCAAACCAGAAGAGCAAAAAGAUAUUAUUGGACAGAAAGAUGCAGCAGACAUAAUUGUCACAGAAUCAGUUACUACAGAAACAGUAAUUACUCUCGACCAAAAACAAAAAUAUGACGAGAAGAUAGAAAAGACUGAACUUACUAAAACAGAAAGUUUGGAAAAGUCGCCUGAUUUAGUUGUACUUAUUAAUACCAAUGUAGAAGAACCAAAAAGUACUGUAGAAAAAGAAAUUAAGUCAGUUACAACUGAAACAAUUACCACGAAAUCUUCAGAACCUGUAAUAAUUAAAAAAGACUACAAAGGUCUUCCUAUUGAUAAGUCUACAAACCUCUUCAUAGACAUUUUGGAUGAACCGAUUGUUUUAUCUGAUAAAGAACAAGAAGUUAGUAUAGAACCAAUUCUUGAACCGUUCGAAAUGGUCGAAAAACCAAAAGUAACCGAGGUUGUUACAGAUUUUCUUGAUGCAGAAAAAUCUUUAACUCUAGACGAGCCUGUGAAAGUUCAACCAGAAGUCAGUAAACCAUUAGUAAAAGAGACCACUGAAGUAGCAAUUACUGAAACUACUCAAAAGAAACCAGAAAUACAAACCCAAGAAAUGAGUUCAGUAAAAAUAGAAUAUAAAGGUCUUCCUAUAGAUGAAACAUCUACUCUUUUCGUGGAUUUAUUAGACGAACCAAUUAUUCUCUCAGACGAAGAGGACUCAUCAUCUAAACCAACACCAGAUCAGGAUGACAAAGAACCUGACAUACUAAAAGAUGAAAAACCAAAGGAAGACAAACCAGCUUCAGUUGAAACUUCUAUAGAUCCAAAAGACACUCAAAUCACUGAAAUAAAACCAACCAAAAUUGAGUAUAAAGGUUUACCUGUUGACGAAUCUACAAAUCUCUUUAUGGACAUUUUGGAUGAACCUAUGGUAUUUUCAGAUGAAGAAGAACCACUUGUUCCAGAGAACAAAGAAAGCGAGUCUCCUAAAUUUACUGAGGAAGCAGUAAUUGUUGAAAAGAAAGAGGAUGAGAACACAACUGAGAAAGCAAAAUCGGCGGAUGUCCAAGUUACAGAGGUAACUACCACAUCCAGUGAAUAUGGUGACUAUAUUUUGAUAUCGCAAGAGAAAUCUGUAACACAAGAAUUUUUAGAUGUAGAAAAGUCUGAAACUUUGAAACAUAUUGAACCAAUCCCAGAAAAACUAAAAACGGAGCCGGAAAAGAAGGAAGAAACUCGUGAAACUGAAAAAGUUGUUGAAAAGAGUGAUAUUACACCAAAGGAAGAAGACAUUUCCAAGAAAGUUGAAGUAACCGUAGAAAAGAAACAAUACAAAGGUCUGCCUAUCGACGAAUCUACAAAUCUAUUUAUGGACUUAUUAGAUGAACCUAUGGUCAUCUCAGAUGAUCAAGAAGAACCACCAAAAAUAGAAAGUAUAAGCGAAAAAGAAGUUCCCACAGUAAAGACUGACAAAGUUGUGGUUGAUGACUUUUUGAAAGAUACUAAGAACGAAACAUUCGUCAUUACUGAAACCACAUCAACCGUUCAAACUGAAGUAGAAAAAGAACCUAUUGUAGUAAAGAAACAGGAAUAUAAAGGUUUGCCUAUUGAUCAAUCAAGUACUUUGUUUAUUGAUAUAUUGGACGAACCUAUGGUCUUCUCAGAGGAGGAAGAACCACCAAAAGUAGAAAACAUAUGCGAAAAAGAAGUUCCUACAGUCAAGACUGACAAAGUUGUGGUUGAUGACUUUUUGAACACAGAGAUAUCCACGCAUAGCGACCAAGAUACUAAGAAAGAAACAUUCGUCAUUACUGAAACCACAACGACCGUCCAAACUGAAGUAGAAAAAGAACCUAUUGUAGUAAAGAAACAGGAAUAUAAAGGUUUGCCUAUUGAUGAAUCAAGUACUUUGUUUAUUGAUAUAUUGGACGAACCUAUGGUCUUCUCAGAUGAGGAAGAACCACCAAAAGUAGAAAACAUAUGCGAAAAAGAAGUUCCUACAGUAAAUACUGACAAAGUUGUGGUAGAUGACUUUUUGAACACAGAGAUAUCCACGCAUAGCGAUCAAAAUACUAAGAAGGAAACAUUCGUCAUUACUGAAACCACAUCAACCAUUCAAACUGAAGUAGAAAAAGAACCUAUUGUAGUAAAGAAACAGGAAUAUAAAGGUUUGCCUAUUGAUGAAUCAAGUACUUUGUUUAUUGAUAUAUUAGACGAACCUAUGGUCUUCUCAGAUGAGGAAGAUGGAAGCCAAAGAGUGCCACCAAAUGACACAGCUAUAGUUUCAGAAAUUCAGCAAGCGGAGGUAUCUAGGCCUAGCGACGAAGAUACUAAGAAAGAUAAAGUUGUAUUUACUGAAACCAUAUCAGUACUUAAAACAGGAACAGAGCAAGAACCGAUUGUAAUAAAGAAACAGGAAUAUAAAGGUUUGCCUAUUGAUGAGUCAAGUACUUUGUUUAUGGAUAUAUUGGAUGAACCUAUGGACUUUUCUGACGAGGAAGAUGACAGUCAAACAGUGCCACCAAAUGAUACUGUUGCAGCUAUUCAGCAAAAGACUGAUCUCAAAAAAGAUGAGAAUACAAAUCAAGAAAUACAAGAAACUCUUGAUACUAAUACCACAUUUAUAGAAGUAGAGAAGUCUGUAACAAUAUUGCAAAAUAAAGAAGACAUAUUACAGGAAAUUCCAACUGAACACAUCUCUGUAACUCCUGAAAAAAUAGAAACACCUGCGGCAAAAUUAGAGAACAAUUUAGCUGCAGACACAUUCACAACAGUAGUGUACGAUGUAGUUAGUCAAAAUAAGGCAGAAGCGACUUAUAUAGUAGAAAAGGAAGAAGAAAAACUACCAGAGGUGAUUCAGGAGGUAGUUCAAGAAACUGCUGAUACAAGACAUUUGGAAGAUUUCCUGGUUUUAGAUCAAUUUACCACUAUGACAUACGAUAUAAUCUAUUUAAACAAACUAGAAACAGAAUAUGUUAUAAACAAACAGAAAGUUGUAAUUACAAAGGAAGAAACGCCAAAUGCAGAAACUGAUGAAAUUGUACCAGAAGAAAAAGAAAAAGUCGAAGACAUACCAACUGUAACAAAACAAGAAAAAUCCAAACCAUCUGAAGUUGUUGAAGUAAUAGAAACAAACAUUACUAAAGAACCAUCAUCGUCUGUAAAAAUUACUGUAGAUGAGACUGUUUACCACUAUGAUGUUAUAGGAAUGCGCCAUGAAGAAACCAAAUACUAUGAGUUACUGUCUAAACAAGUUAUUGAUAAUGAACCUAGCAAAGAACCGGAAAAAAUAAUAGAACCUGAAAUUACUGCAAAGGCAGAAAACAAGCCAGUCCUAGAACUAGAAGAUAGUUCCAAAUAUGACCUAAGCCAGCUGCUUCAAGCUGAAAUCGUAUGGUAUGAACGAAAAGCACAAGAAGAUAAGAUCAUAUCUGAGACACUUGAAGUUGAAGAUAAUGUUGUAGAAACGAAACCCAUAUCUGAAGAUAUAGAAGUGGUAAUCAAAGAAUCUGAAAUCACGACAAUUGGUCAAGAGGUAGAUUUGGAAAGUAUAGAACAAACGCCUGAUAUAGAACAGACACCAGCUGAAUCAGUAACGAAUGCAAUCGAAAAUAUUGAAACCGUUAUUGAUACUGGCGUAGACAUUAUUAAAGAAAUAAUCGAUGAAGUAAAACCUGUAGAUAUUCCUCUGAAAAAGGAAGAGGAGAAUAGAGUAGAACUUGAGCAUGACCUAUUAGAAACUACUGAAACCAUCGUUGAGACUGGAGUAGAAAAUAUGGAAUUAUCAGAAUCUGUAGAAGUUCCUGUAGAAAAUGAAGUCCAGCCUAAAGAUACUAAAGAAUCUGCAGAUAUCUCUUUGCAAACGGAACACAGGAAUAUUGAGAAAGUUGAAACUGAAACCCUUACAGAAAUAAAUAGAGAAGUAAAGAUGCCUAAACCUAAAGUAGAAACCUCGAUGAAUACUGAACUCGUUCAAAAUAAAGAAUCUGUAGAUGUUGCCUUCCAAGUAGAACCAACAAAGGAAACCAAUAUUAAUAUUAAAUUUAUUGAGAAUGAACAAGUUACUUCUCAGAUCACUGAUUCUGUAACAAAAACAGAAGAAUCAACAAUUUUAGUCUCCUCAAAAGAGCCAGAAGUCGAUACAAUUGUAGUAGAACCAGCUAAAGACAUUGAACAACCAAUACCUGAAAUUGAGGAUAAUGUUUCUUCUCAAGAACCAAUUGUAGAAUCAGAGGAAACUGAUGCAGAACUGGUUCCUCAAUUAGGACGUUCACAUUCACAAUUUGAGGCUAUAGUUGACCAUAUAACAGAAUUUGUUCCAAAAUCAGAUGUAUAUCAGUCUAAAUCCUCUUACAGUUUAAAUCCAGAUGCUGCAGAAUUUAUACCCAGCUCACGAUCGCAAAUAACAACUGUUCCGGAUACUAAAGACUAUACUCAAGUGUAUGAAGAAGAAGAGGAACUAAGUUGGGAGGGAGGUAAAAGCGAUUCGACGAUGUUCGAUCAAUACGAGUCUACGUACAACUUACCUCCAGCUCAUACUACGAAAUGGGUGACUGAUAUACUUGAGGAUAAUGAAGAUAAGAAACGACAUGAAGAAAGAUUAGAACAACAAAGAAUGGAAGAGAGCUUGCUUCCUAGGGAUGUGGUUUCAGAACUAAAAGUUGACAAAAUUAGAGAUAUUAUUACUUCUCAACCAUGGACAGAAACUAUAAGUCCAAAGUUAGAACAAAGAGUUGAAAUUAUACCUACAGCUCCAGUAGAAAUUAAACCUGUCAAUAAAUGGGAGAGUUUAGGCGGAGACAAGACAUACGCAGACAUCGUAGCUGCAAAUGCGCCAGUUAAAUCAAAACGAGAAGAUUCUCCAACUACGAUUAAAGAAACUGGUAUACAAAAAGUGGAAAUCAAAGUAACGGACCUGGACGAACCGUUUACAGAAGAAAUAUUCGAGAAACCUACCAUUACAACAGACGCUGAAGGUUUUAUGGAGGUUGCUACCAAAAAGGGCAAGAGGUCCAGAUCAAGAUCUAGGUCUCGACAAAGACAACCAAAAGCUCCUGCAGAUUCUUCUCCAGAAUCUAUAGAGGUAGUAAAAACUAUAGUUACUGAAACCAAAGAAACUUUUGUGAAACCUAUUAAAACUGAAGAAACAUUCGACAAUAAUACACAACUCCCCAGUGGUCUGACUUAUGCGAAAAUACUUGGAUCCCCAGUCAUCAAACCAAAUGAGAAACAUUCUGAAACGUCUAUAAAAGUAGAUGAGAAACUUAUAACGUCAACAAAAGAUAGUUCAGAACCGCAUAUCAUCGAAACAUCAGAGCCGAAGAAAUAUCCUUCUGUUGAAGAUACAGGAGAAAAAUUGGAGAGUAAAGGUAAAUCUAAAAAGAAUAAAAAGAAAUCCAAGUCUCCAGUUACAACUGAAACCAAGGAAAUUGUCACAAUUACAGAAGAUUUUGUAGAUCAUGCAGCAAAAGUUGAAAUCCAGGAAACUACCGAAAUACAAGCAUCUGAAAAUAAGAUGGAAGAUGCUAUAGUACACGAAAAAGAACCUGAAGAGACCAUUAUUUUCACUGAAGUAAUACCAAAGAAGCAGCGACAGGAAUCCCCUUCAGCUCAGAUUAAUGCUUUUAUAGAAGCAGAAAGAUAUACUGAAAUGGAUGUACCGAAAAAGGUAGAUCAGGUAAAAUUAAAAGAAGUAGAAACAAAAGAAACAUCUUUUGAUACGACUGAUCAAGUUACCACUAACAGUACAAUAUCAUAUGCCAAAAUAUUAUCCAGCCAACAUGAAAAACUACCUACUAAACCAGAAGUUAAAUUGGUUGAAACAUCUCCUAAAAGAGUUACUACAACAACUGAAGUAGUUAAGAAAAUAGAACCAAUUCAAGCAGAAGAAGACAAGUCCGAUAUUGAUAAGCAUUUAACAGUUGAAAAGACAUCUAGAAAGUCUAGAAAACGAUCAAAAACUCCAAAGCAUAAUAUUGAAGUUCAAGAAGACAAGCCUCAAAGUCCAGAAGUAGUACAAGAAGAUAUUAAGCCUACUGAACCUGUAGAACAGUCUCAAAUAAGUUCUACUGAUAACACUGUCUCAUCCUAUGCUAAAAUUUUAUCAAGUCAUCACACAAAACCAAGUGCUAAACCUGAAGUUACAAUAAUUCAAACCACAUCUUCAGAAACUACAAAAGUUGUAGAAAAAAUUGAACAACCUGUAGUUACAGAAAAAGAUACAUCGGUUAAUGUGGCAGUAGUAGAUCAUUUGGAAGUUGAAAAGAAACCUAGAAAAUCUAGGAAACGAUCAAGAACUCCUAAACCAACUGUUGAAGCCGAUCAGGUCAUUGAUAAGUCAGAAAUGUUGGAGAAAGUAGAUACCAAACUUGAUGUUGAAGAAUCAAAUAAUGUAUCUGUUAAUACCUCGUAUGCAAAAAUUUUAGCAUCUCACCAUGUGAAAACUACGGCAACACCAUCUGUAGAAGUGACAGAACCUUUACACAAAGACAUUACUACGGCCGAAGAAGCCGAACUUAUAGAGCCAGCAGUACCCGCAGAAACUAAAGCAGAUGCAGAUAAACAACUAAAAGUUGAACCAAAAUCAAGAAAGUCCAGAAAAAGAUCCAAAACACCUAAAGAAAAAUCCGAAGAAAGUCUUGUUGACAAAAUUGAACAUGUUGAGCCAAUUAAACAAGAAGAAAAGAAAAUUCAUGAUGAACCAGUCAAAGAAGAAGAAAAGAAGCCUGACGUAAUUGAACACCUAGAAGUUGAAAAGAAAUCGAAAAAAUCUAGAAAAAGAUCAAGGACGCCCAAGCCAAUCGAUGAACCGAAACAAGAAAUUUCACCUGCUGAAGAAAGACCUAGCACCAAGCCUGACGUUCAAGAGCCUGUAGAUAUUUCUGCAGAACAGAUUCACCUUAAAACUAGUUUCCAUCACUUAACUUACGCAGAUGUCGCUAAAACUGGAAGAAGUAGAGAAUCCUCACCACACCCAAGAGCCUUUACUGAAAUAGAUACUAGUAAAAUUCAAAAUGUACGAAGAAGUGACUCUCCUGAUGUCAAACCAGUAGAUCAAAAAGUCGAAGAAACAUUUAUUCAUAGAAAUGUGUCUGAAGAAGUAGUCGAAACGAAAGAAUCUUUACCUAAAAUAAGAGAAUCAAAGCAGAUUUCUCCAGUUGAAAUCGGUACAUUUAUCGAAGAAGAAAGAUCCGCUAUAUUAAAGGAAAAUGAUCACGUCGUCGAUAGUUCUUGGGUCAUAAUAGAAGAGGAAGAACUUAGUUAUAUACCAGAAGUAAUACCACCUGUCAUUGUUGAACCAGAACAAAUAGAUGCAGAUACUACUGAAAAAGAUGAACCUACACAAGUUAAACCUGAAGAUAGUUUACCUGAAGAUCAAAUUGAACAUACAGAGUCUAUCAAAAAGCCAAGAAAUCGGUCUAAGUCAAAACGCCAAAAAGCCCCUAAAGAGCAAGAAUUGUCUGAAACUAUUGAGCAUUCGCCACGUGUAUUACCAGCUAUAGCUACUGUCCAAUCUAACGAACAGUUUGAAGUUAAAUCAAGGUCUCCUAGUAGAACCUACGCAUCAGUUGUGAAGUCUCAUAUAGAAGAAGUUACUCCUGAAUACAUUCAGUAUACCCAAGUUAUUACUUCUAUCGAUAAUAAACCCCAGACCGUUGAAACCAUUACUGAUUCAACAGUCGAAGAAACUACAGAAGAGAUAACAUCAGAAAAAGUAGUGGAGCAACCCACAGUGCAAGAAUUGCAAACAACAGAGACGAAAAGUAAGAAAAAGAAAACCAAGAAACAUAAAACAGGUACACAAGAUUCUCCUAAAAUAUCUGUAGAUCAAGAACAAUCAUCUAUUGAUGAGUCGUCAAUAAGAAUAGACGUAGAAGAAACAUCUACAACAUCUACAGAAGUUGAGGUUAAAUCUAAAAAAGAAGAAACGACAGAAAUUCCUGAAUCUGGUGAUCAAACACAAGAAAUUACUGUAUUAGAAGUAACUGAGACAGUUAAUCAAGUUGAUGUUGAUAAUCAAAUUACAGUAACUUCAGACACACAAGAUCAAGUAGAGUCUGUUGAUAUCGUUAAACCUGUAGAUAUUCAACAAGCAGAUAAAUCUGUCGACGCAGAUUCUAAAUCAAGUUCUGGUAAUCAAGUAAUAAUAACAGGAAUAACAGAAUCUACAAUAACUACAGAAGUUCAAUCUAAUAUUGAGAAUAAAGAAGACUAUGUAGAAGACAUUAAUACAGAAUUCAUUAAAAAAGAAUCUAAAGCAAGUAAAGAAACUUGUGAGCAACAAGUAGUUGAGACAAUUGUAGACUACGGUACGCCAGAAACUAUAGAAAUAAUUAAGGGUACAAAAGAAAUUUUAGAAGUGGAGAAAUCAUCAGAUUCUGAUCAACUUAAAGCCUCAGAAAUAAAAGCGAUUGAGGAUCAGAAAACUAAACCUACUGAAAGUGUUUCAGAGAUUGAACCUUUGAAAUCAUUAGAGGAAGGAAAAAUUGAAGUCAGUGUCAGUAAAGAAGUCACAACAGAUACUAUUGUACCCUCUAAAGAUGAGCAUAAACUUCUAUAUUCAGAGAGUGUUAAACAAAUUCCAAGCCAACAUGAAUUUGAAAAAACUGAAAUGCCAAUUAGGCCCGUAGAAGAGAAUGUUAAAGUAGAAGCUAUCCAACUAAUACAAUCGAAGGACCAAGAAAAGGCUGAAUUACCUAAAGAAGACACACCAACAAGUGUCACAGAAGUUCCAGUCGAAUCAAAGAAAUCUAAAAAAGGCAAGAAGAAGAAAGAUAUACAACAAGUAGAACCUGAUUCUGUAAAUAUUGAAACACCUACCAUAGACGUAGAAAAUAAGGAAGAGCCUGCAACAAUUGAAGUCAUUCAAUCAGUUCAAACUUUAGAAACAGAAGAAUCUGAAAUUAAAGCUGAGCCUUCUAAAGAAAUACCAGAAAAUGUUCUCGAGGUACCGACAAUAUCGCUGUCGAAGAAAUCUAAGAAGAACAAAAAGAAGGAUACAGUACAAACAGAGCAGAUAGAACCUGUAUCUGAACAGAUUGAGAUACCAAUUGUAGUCCAAGAAGAUAAAGAAGAGACAGUUACGGUUGAAAAGGUCCAAGCAAUUGAAACUAAAGAAGCGCAAGAAGCUGAUGUUAAGAUUGAAUUACCUCAAGACUCGCCAGAAAACGUUGAAGAAGUACCGCUAUCAUCACCAUCGAAGAAAUCUAAGAAGAACAAAAAGAAGAAGGAUGCAGAACAAGCUGUAGAACCUGAAUCUGUAAAUAUUGAAGUUCCAACCAAAAUUCACGAAAAUAAAGAGGAAACAGUUACUGUUGAGGUUAUUCGUGUUGAUCAGACCGAAGCUACCAAAGAGGCUAAAGUUCAGACUGAACUAUUAAAAAGUGAAGACGAGUUACCAACUGAAACUCAAUCUAAAAAAUCUAAGAAAAACAAAAAGAAGAAAAAUGAUACUCAGACAAAAGACGAUACACAAUCUGAUAUUGGUCCGGUCUCAAUUGAGUCAGAAGACCCAACCAAAUUACAAAAAAUUGAAACUAUACCAUCAGUUGAACCUCAAGAACAAAUAACUACUGAGGGCAAAACACAAGAGGUUAGAAAACUUACAUACUCAGAUAUUGUUAAAGAACAUACAGAAUCAAAGAAAGAUAUUUUAAAACUACAAGUUAAAGAAGAAACUGAAAUUACAUUACCUAAAGAUAUUGAAGAUCCAGUUAAGAUUAACGAAAACGAAGUUACCCAGGUAGUUAAAACUGAAGAAAUUGUGGUUCAGACUGAUUUAACCCAAGAUGUCUAUUCAGCAAGCGAUAAUGAGAAAUUAAUGGAAUCUGUGCCAAAGAAAUCUAAGAAAAACAAAAAGAAGAAAGGUAUUGUGGAAGUAGAAUCUGAUACUAAUGUAUCUAAAGAUAUUGAAGAACCAAUCAAAAUCGUCAAUGAGAAAGUAAUUGAGGCUGUUAAAACUAAAGAAAUUAAAGAGACUGAUGUUGAAGCUGUUACAGAUCAGAAAAACGUAGUACUCCUUGAAACUGUUGAUGAGGUUCAUGCCGAAUCCCUAUUGAAGAAAUCUAAGAAAAACAAAAAGAAGAAAGAUCCUGCUCAAAUAGUGCAAUCUGAGGUUACUACGAGCUUAAGUGAAAUAGAACAAUUUAUACAAUCUGAGGUUACUUCUAGCUCUAAUGAAACAGAACAAGUUGUGGAAUCUGAGGUUACUCCUAGCUCAACCGAACCAGAACAAGUUGUGCAAUCUGAUGUUGCUCCUAGCUCAAGUAAGCCAGAAGAAUUUGUGCAAUCUGAGUUUACUCCUAGCUCAAGGAAAACUGGUAUAAAUACUGAAAUCGUUCGUGAAGUGACGAUUACUACUGUAGAAACGCCUACAGAAACUGAAAGAACAGAAGAACAUACUUAUGUCACCUCUGACGUUAAAAAAGAAGAAGAACUGACGCCACAACAAGAAUCUGAGUUGUUUAAAGUUGAAAGUUGUGUUGGUGAAGAAGUUGUUGAUAAAAAUGAGUUGAAUAAACGAGUAGUUCAACAAUUUUUAGAAGAUGCCAAGUUAUACGAUCAGUCUGUUUUGAAAGAGACAAAAGUAGUUCAAGAAUUUUUAGACGAUGCCGCGAAAUAUGAUGAAGCUUAUUUGCAACAAAAUGAAACCGUUGAAUCGAAUGUCUCUGCUGAAUCCACACCUUCAAAACCAUCCAAAAAGAAAGAAAAGAAGUCCAAGUUUGAGUCUGAGGAAUCGAAGAAACCUGGUUUUAUAAAAUCAUUAGUGGCAACUGUGGUUAGUAAGAUCACUGGAAAAACUAGUGAGUCUCAGGAUGUAGAUGACGAGAUUGUAGGUCCUCAACCUUUAGAAGCAGACUCGUUAAAUACGCUUAUAAAUAAUUUAUUACUAGACGAUGGUUUUUGGCUAACAAAGAAAAUCUAUGACGAAGCCGAAGAAAAUUGGCAAUUGGAGUUGGCGAUGCAACGGAAAGAACAAGGUUCUGGUGACGCUGUGGUUCUACCAAGUGGUCCACCAGAUGACGAUGGUGGUUCUGACGGUUCUAGCGGUAGAAGCUCGCCUCGCGAUCAAACCGGAGAAUCUCUCAGUAGAACACUACCCAACUCUGAGUACAUGAUGUACAGCUUACCUGGUGGUAUAGCUGGUUGGAAAGAGCAAAGUACUUACCUACCUCCAGAACCUUUAGUCGAGAAUAAUACUCUAGUAACUUGCGGUGCCAUCGAACCCCUACCCGAUACCUCCUCUUUAGGGCCUCAAAUGCAGCCAACGAAGUCGACGACUCUAGGUGGAUCCGGGAAUGACAGACAUCUCAAAAAGGAGUGCACAGACGAAGUCCAACUACUUCAAAAAUCCUUGGAUACUACAGAAGGAACCAUAGAGGCUCUUCCUUUGGAAAGCUUCGAGGACAUGAUUGCAGCUCUAGAGACUGUCACUAGUAAUUUGAAGAAACAUGCAACUGAAGCGAUACGACUUGAAGGUCAAGUCAACUCGCUGACUGCAGACCACGAAACUCAAGCUUUAGCUGCCCAAUUGGCAGGCAUUCGAACGCGCAUCGCUACAUUAUUGUCUCAAGCUGAACACGGAAGACUCUUAGUAGUGAAUGCACAAGAAACCCAACAGAAGAAGAAACAGGAAGUCACCAAAUACCAGGAACUAUUGAUAGAGAUCCAAACUUGGCUGGAAAUUACAAAGACCAAAAUCGAAACCUACUUAAUUAAACCCCAAGACGAAACCCAAGCAGAAGAUUACAUAAACAACCUCGAGGCUUUACAAAUAGAAAUUUUGCAAAGAGAACAAAAACUUGAGGAACUCAAAGUUGAAUGUGAGAAAUUCAAAAGCUACCCAGAUAUACAACCCCUGGUUAAAACUUUACUGGAACAACUUGAAACCGUUAUUACUAUCUUUGAGGAACAAAAAAUAAUAAUAGUCACUAGACUCGAAACAACAAGGACUAUUUUAACACAAAUAAAAGAAAGUAGACUAAAACUUGAAACACCUGAUGUUUCUCUUGAAAACACACUAGAUUCGACGUCUAUGCCAAUAGAAGAAGCUCCUGUUACUGUUGAAACUAAACACGUAACGGAAACCAUUGAAAAGAUUGUUCCAAUACCAGUAGCUUCUAUUGAAACACAAACAGGUCGAAGUUUAUCUUCCCCUGUAGAAGAACCAUUAACUAAAGAUUUUACUGUAACAUACAACCAGCCAGUUGAUGUUCAAAUACAAACCAUGUCUCAGCCUCAAAGUGAAGUUGAGCAUGCUCAAACAAAAGAGACUAUAACUAUUUCGAAGAAGACUUCUGGAGGUCAAGAAACCAUCCAGAUUGCUACAAAGCCUGUUACAGAUCCUCAGCCAAUUAUUGAAGAACCUGAUGAUCUUCUGGUAGAAGCAGAUUACAGAAGAAGACCUCAAUCUGAAACUAGAACUACUGAAUUGAACAUAACAAAUGUCCAACCGAAUCAACCGUUUGAGACAGUAUUUGUCGAACCAGAUGAAACCACGACCGAGGUUAUUGUUGAUGCUGAUGGUACCAAGAGGAUAAUAGUUAAGAAAUUGCAUAGAACUGUUGUCAGACAUCAACAGUCUUCCCAACAUCAACAAUUUUCUACGCUUAGUACUCUAACAGAGGGAGGAGUACCUGUUACACAAUCUUUCUCCCAAAUUACAUUGACUGGACAGCAGAGUGCUACUUCAGUUGCUAAAGGCGAUGGAAGCAAAGCCACAGUUAGCAGCCAAAAGUAUGGUGGACGAGUUGUAUCCGGAGCUCCAGGAGGAGAUAUCAACAUCCAGGAAUAUGAAACUGAACCAGAAACUCAGUUUUCAGCAACGGGCCCGACUUUCAAACCAGAAGAAGUGGAAGUACAAGGUGUUAAGCUACAUGAAGGAGAUAUCGCUUUUGUAGAUGGUCAGAAUAACCAGUUAAUUCCAGCUGGUUCCUCACAAGUGGUGCUUGAAGGUAAUGAAAUCCAUACUUCUAGUUCAAGCGUUAGAGCAGUCGUACAGCAAGUAACUAGAAGGAUUAUUAGAAAAACACGUAGAAUCAUACGACGAACAGUUAUUAUAGACGGAAAAGAGCAUGUUCAAGAAGAAGUCAUCGAAGAACCAGAAGAAAUUGAGGUAACGGAAGAGGGUAUACCUAGGGUAAGCAUCAACGUAGUAAGAACUGAAAACGGCAACGUUGUGCAGCAGCAACAGUUUGGUGAAGAACCAAUAGUAGAAGAACCAGAUGUUGUAGUAACUAAAAAGGUAACUACAGUGACUUUAGAUGCCCAAGGAAGACCAAUGGAAACCUUACCUGAAGACGUUACUGUGGUUACACAACCAAUGAAACAAGAAAUUACUAUAACUGAAUUGAAGCAAACAGAGUUAGAUGAGAAAGAACCUACUGCACCUACUGUAGUAUCAGAUACAAAAGUCGAGGAGCAAAUUCGUAUUUCAUCUGUUGACGCAACAUCAAAACCAAAGACUGAAGUUCAUUUAACUGAAAAAGUUUCCAAAGUCACUGCAGAACAACCAGAAGAGUCGGUUCUUGUCGGAGGAACUGAAGAGAGGUAUGUGAUAACUCAAAGCACUGCACCACAGCCUGAUACUGCACAAGUCACUGAAUUUGUAAAAACAACUGCAACCAAACAAGUUCCUUUGGUAUCAGAUUUCUUAGAUAAUGAAAGGCUUGCUCAUAGUGAAAUUGAAAGUAGUCAGAUUGAUAUAGCACCUAGUGUCGACGCAGCACGCAUUGAUGAAGACAAAAAGACUCCAGAGGACGAGUCCAUUAAACCAGCUGUUAAAUAUGAUAUUUCACUUACUACAGACGAACUCCAUCCUACUGAACAAAAAGAGGCUCCGUCUACUGAAUCUGUUGAAGCCGAUAUGCCUCCUUCACAUUCAGUAGGCAAUUUUGCAGGGGCAAUACUAGAAGAACUGAACAACAUUGUUAGAACCGUGGAAGCAGCUGUACCUCCACCAAAAGAAGUAAUUAAAAUUGAAGUAAAAUCUUCAGACCACGACAAAGACACCAAAAUUGUAAGUGAACAGACCGUUACAGUCACCGACAUUAGACCUUCAUCUGUAGUUGUUAAAGAAGAAACAAUUAAGGACGAUACUGACAAUGCUGUAGUUGUUUCUCCAAUAGAAGUCGAAAUACCUACAGAUAUUCUAAAGAUAACUGAAGAUGUCAUUGAUAAGACUCCACCCAUUGAAGUUGAACCAAAUACUGAUUUACAUUCACCAAGUGCUCCUCCAUUGGAGGAAUUAUCAGAUAGUGGUUCCACUGAACGUCAUCUUUCCCAACAGUUCAUUCUCACAGAACAACAGCACCAUGCUCCAGUUGUUCAAGAAUUAAAGAAGUCUCCAAAGACCAAAAAGAAAAGAGAAUUUGGAAAAACUAAAAAGGUAUCUGGUACUCCUAGAACACAGAGUCCUCUUACACCAGCUGAUGAUAUAUUUGAAGUAGAAACUGGAAAAAUAUCUCCUGGUGUUACCUCCGAUGAGAUUGUAGAGGUUGCUCAAACAGUUCCUAAAGAGGUUACUCAAGGAACAACGCCACCAUUCGGUAUUAUAAAGAUACAAGAAACCGAAGCAGUAACAUCUGUGACUAGAGAAGUUGGAGGAAAUGUAGAAGUGGCUUUAUCUCUCGAAGAGACGAAACCGGAGAUUACUAUUAUUCGUCAACAAACACAGAUAGUUCAGGAGAAGACUCGACCCACCACUACCAGUUUAGACUUCAUCGAAAACGAAAAACAAUUUAGUGAAGCAAAGAUUGUACAAGAAAAACCUGAAUCUCAAACAGAACCACUUCAACCUGUAGAAGUAGAAGCAAUUCCUAUUAAGCCGGAUGAAGUAAUUGUAAAGACCGAUGAAAAGAACGUCAAAGAAUCUUUUCCUGCUCCAGUACAAGAAAGCAAAGUGGUAGUAACAGAAUAUAUUUCUCCACCAAUACAAGAAAGCAAAGUGGUAGUAUCAGAAUCUAUCUCUCCAGCAGUGCAAGAAAGCAAAGAGGUAGUACCAAAAUCUAUUUCUCCACUAGUACAAGAAAGCAAAAUGGUAGUAUCAGAAUUUAUCUCUCCACCAGUGCAAGAAAGCAAAGAGGUAGUACCAAAAUCUAUUUCUCCACUACCACAAGAAAGCAAAGUGUUAGUAGCAGAACCUAGUCUUGCACAAGUACAAGAAAGCAAAAUAAAAGAACCGAACCAAGAAGUUGAUAUAGUUCUUUCUCUUGAAGAAAAAUAUGAAGACUCCUCAAUAGCUACUCCCAAAGUUUCCAUCGCUAUGAAGAUUGAAGAAACAUCUGAUCUGACUAAACCUUCUGAAAUCUUACACAAAGAUAUUCACGUUCAGUUGCCAAAACUGGCAACAGAAAUAACUGAGACUAGCGAGUCAGUCGUACCAAAAUUGGAAGUUGAGCAAACAAAACCAUCUACUCCAAGCGAUAUCGACCACGGAGGCAGAAAGAGUAAAAAGAAAAAGAAACACAAAGACGUUAAGACGCUAACGCCAGAAGAAAAAGAUGAACCCAAAGAAAUUAAACCUGUAAAAGAAUCUCCAGUGGAACAACCGCUACAACCAGAAUCUACUGAAGUAGAAGAAAAGUCUGGAUCUGCGCAGAUCGAAACUCCAGUCGAAGAAAAGCCUGAAUCAAUGAUUCAAGAAAUAGAGGACGAAAAAGUUGAGUCUGUUGUUACAUCUUUAGCAGAAUCGGUAGAGAUAUCAAUUCCUGAAGAAUCUGUAAGAUCAGAAGAAACUCCAAAGCCAUCGCAAGAUAUAUUUGCCUCUGUUAGCGACUCUGAUGAUAGUCUUAAAGGAAAAGAAACAGGAUAUGAAGCAGAUAAAACUCUAGAAGAGAGCCUUGCUGAAGAAGACCAAGAUAAAAAGAAACGUAGAAAGAAAAAGAAAAAGCAAAAGGUCAAAGUUAAGGAAUCCGAAGAAUCAAACGUUCCAGCAUCUAUACAUGAGUCAUCUGCGGAUAACUCUGUGCCUUUUAGCGACGAUGAACCUCUUAAAGUUGAGAAAACGGAAGUUGAACAACCAAAGAAAACUAAAAAGCGCAAGAAGAACAAGAGAAAGCCAGAAGAAGACAGCGAACCGGAGUUAGAGUCGGAAGAGCCUGCUAUAUUUGAAGCAGGAGACGAAAUUAUUUCGCAGGAUGAUUCAUACCAAACAAUUUCGACUCCUUCAGAACCCGGUACCGUUAAAGUUGUAGAAGAAAAUGUAGUUAUCCGAUCGGAAAGCAAAUCACCCGAAGAAAUAACAACAAAGAUUGUAACUACUGUUCCUGUUAUAGAAGCUGUCAUUACAGAGGAAACUGUAGCUCAGACAUCUCCAGUUAAUAUAACCAACGAAUUUCUGGAAACUGAGCGAGCUGUACAAGAAGCUCCAGUCCAAAAGAUACCUGAAGUACCAAAAGAACAAGUCUCGGUUCAAACAUCACCAGAAACUCCAAAAGAAAUUGCAGAAGCAUUCAUCCAAACAAGCGACGAAGAAAAAGAAAUUGUAACUGUAAAACCAGAUGUUAAAGAAGGUUUUACUCAGGUUGAGAUUGAAACUACCGAAACGCUUACACAAACAACACCAAAGACCGAAUCUCCACAAGAAAAACUGACAACAGAAAUUACAGAGAUUUCUACACAGACAGUUACACCUGAGAAAGUAGAAAUCAUCGAGGAAGCCGUGCAGACCAUUUCACCAGAAAAGCCUGAAUUGAUCCGAAGUGAUUCUGCUAUGCAGACACGUGUAGAAAGUCGGGAAGAAUCAGCUCAAACUAAAUCUCCUGAGCAAAUUCAAACUACCGAAAUAGCAUCGCAAGUCCAACCAGAAAUUAUGGAAUGUGGACUACAGACGUCUCCUGAACCCUCUGCUCCACCAAUGGAAAAACCAGUUAGUGUCUAUUCACCUAUACCGAAAGUAGAAACUACAGAGAUUGUAACUCAGACUAGUCCAGUAAUUAUUCAAGAAGUAGGUGAAAUAUUGACACCAAGUCCAACACCCACUUCGUCUGAGGCUUAUGAGAUUCAUGUUAAGGCUUCUGUGCUGGUUCCGUCAUCAGAUAAUUCUAUAAGCGAGAUAGUCGAAAGUAAAGUUCUUACUGUCGAACCUACAAAGAUAGAACAACAAAUACAAAAACAAGAAACACCAAUAGAGCCAGUUCCAAUAAAAUCCAGUUCAGAAUCAGAAGAUGAGUACGAUGUUCAAGUUACUUUUGAUGGUGUUCCUGUAGAUAAACAUGCUGUCGUAACAACAUUCUUAGAUAAUGAAAAAGAAGAAGAUUGGACCUCAAGACGGCAUAAAAAACGCCAUAAGAAGUCAAAACAAAAACCUCAACCAAGCGACGCCAAUAUAGAAAAAGAUCUGUUUUCUGAAUUCAAGAGGCAGACUACAGUAGAGGAUACCGUAUCUCCGCUUUCUUAUGCUGACAUUACUAGAAGAUCGAGAACACCUUCUCCAACAAGACAUAUGGAACAUGAAGUUCCACAAACAUCUGAGCAAAAAGUGGAACAAGAAUUAACACCACAGAACAAGACCACAGUGACAACUACCCAAGUAGUUUCUAAAGUAUUUACAGAUAUUGACGAAGAUAAAGUAAAAACUAUUUCGAUCAAAGGUAAAAAGCCUACUCCUGCUGAAUUGGAUCAACAGGCGACAACAGUUGAUAUUACUCUCUCAGUUCCUCAAGAAUCAGAAACUGUUCCUGGUAUUGAAAUAACCACAAAAGAUACCUAUACUGUAAAGUCAGAUGAUAAAAUUCCACAAGUUGCUAACUUUACCGUUGAUUCAAUGCUUACUGAAGAAAAAGAUAUUCCUCUUUCUCCAGAAUCAGAGGAAGUGAUCAUAAAAUACGAUGUUAGCGUUAAACCUUCAAGUGUUACUUCAACUGUUGAUUUUAUAGAAUCAGAGAAAGACAGUGCUUUUAAUGACGAAAAUUCAGUACUGAUCAACGAUAAACCAAUAUCAUUACCUCAGACAAAACCUACUGCACCAGAACCAAGCAUUAUCAAGGCUGAUGAAGAUUUACCAUCUCAACUUUCUAAAGAGUCUACUCCUGAUACUGCUGCUAAAUUAGAUAAGCCUGAAAGUCAACUCUUGCCUCAAAUUCAGAAAACUGAAACCAAACCCAGUGUCACUGAACUUACAACAGAACAACUUGAAGUUAUUAUUAAGGAGGAAAAACAAAAGCAACCUCAGCCACAAACCAAAGUAUCAGAUGUACCAAAACCAACUCAACCCUCCGAUGUAACAGUUGUGAGCAAAGAAUUAGAGGAAGUACCAACUUCUCAACAGGAACUAACUAUUACAGAGGUAGAUGAAAGUAAACCUAAUGAACAAUCGCCUGAUGGUUACACUGUAACUGCUCCCGAAAGCACAGACAAGCAAAAGAAGAAGCCUCAGGUUGCCAAACCAAAAGGCAAAGGAAAACACGUUACGUCUGUGACUAUAGAAGAAGUACAAUCUCCAAGAAUCAUCGCAGAUACCCCUCUAACACCAGCUUCCGAUGCUGGGCCACUUUCACCACCAGAGUACUCUGUGUCAACCUGGCAAAGACCUCCAGAUGCUUCUACUGCUUUGAUUCAAGCAGAAGUCCAACGUUCAGUUCCCAUUAAGGAGGUUAAUAUUAGAUGGAACCAAACACAGGCACUAGAGAGAUUCAAAAACUUGCAGAAUGCAAAGAAAACGACACAUCUCAGCGAUGUGUUGUAUUUAGCCACUCUAAACGAGGUUAUUACAGACGAAACAAUUCAACAAAGGAACAAUAACAUUCAACAGAAUCUAGUCUUACUGCAACAAGCUGUGGAAAGAAGAGAUGUGGUUGUCAUACAGCAAACAGUGAUAACUACAGUGGAAACGAUUACUACUUGGUUAGAAACAAUAGAAUACAGAAUAUAUGUUAACAGACAACAAACUCUAGAAGGUCCAUCAGCUGCUAGAGUUCAAGAGUUUAAUGAGCUCAAGCAAGAAAUUGCCAACAUCGAAACCAAAGUAGAGCAACUUCAGUCGGUCAUCAAACAGACAGACGACAUUUACAACGAAGAUGAGCGACAGAGAAUCAAGAGUUACGUAGAUUCCCUUCAACAACAAGUCAAAGUUAUUGAAGAAGUUACAGAAGAAAACGAACAAAUUGCUGCUGAAGACCUGAAGAGGUGGAACGAAUUUUUGGAUGAGGUAACCACAACUAACAAACAAGUCAGAGAAUUGAGAAGGCAAUUAAGUGAGCUAAAAGAUUCUGAUGCCUCUCCUCAAACCAAACUGAGCGAACUUGAGAAAAUAGAAAACAACAACAGAUCUCAAAUUGUUAAAAUUGUCCAUCUGAUCGCAACUGCCAAAGGCUUGAUGAGAGAUUUCCCCACUAAAGAAAUUCCACGGGAAGUUUACCUAAACAAUGAGAUAGCCAAACAGAUCGAACAACAAGUUGUUGUAGAAAGAGAAAAAGCUUACCAAUUCCUCUCUUUGGCUGAUGAAUACGAGCAAACUUUAAAAGAAUUCAGCCAGAUUAUUUUAAUAGCCGAAGCAUUGAUUGAAAGUCCGAUAUCUGUUCGUAAUUUGGAACAUUUAGAAGACGAGAUGCAGAAUCACCGCAAAUUCUUCGUUAACUUGAGUCAUUGUAGAGCAAUUCUUGAAUCACUUGAAGAAAAUCUGGAUUCGGAAACAAGAGCAAUACAUUCACAACUCCAUCAAAAUCUGUACGAAAGAGCCAGUGUUAUAUUAGAUAAAUCAACUGGUCGAUUCCAACUAAUGUCCUUAGCUGCUUCGAGAUGGACAGUUUUAGAACAGAGCACCAGAGAUGAACUGAGAUGGUUACAAGUAGCUCAACAACGUGUUCCAGAUUUAAAUAGCGUCACAUCUUCAGAUUAUGAACGAUACAUCGAUCUUCAUAACUCUUUAGCUGCUGAUAUAGACUACCACCACGCCAAACUUACUCAUCUAAAUUGCGUCGCUCAAAAAUUACAAGAACUGGUUUCUUGUUCCGAACUAGAACAAGCUUACUUUGAAUCCCUUGAAAUUAUCCAGAAGCUUCAAGAGGAUGUUCAAGUCAACCUAGAGCGACUCCAAGCUUUUAAAGAUAGUUGGAAGAUGUACAACCUGCUUAGUGACAAAGUCGAAUAUUGGUUGAAAGAAGCUGGAAUAGAACUAAGUCAAAUCGAAGUACCUUUCGGUCCAAGAGGUCAUCUAAGACGCUUCUGGGAACUGAAAGCUCAACAUGAAGUACAUAAUUCAGCUCGAGUAAACGCUGGAACUGCUCUUGACAAAUCUCUUCAAAUUGUUCCUAUCAGUGACGAAAUGUAUCAGAGAGCAAAUAACUCAGAACUGAACGCUCAAUGGCAAAGAGUGUCUAAGAAAAUAAAUGAGCUAGAAGCUUCUAUUUUGGACAACAUUUCAGCACCAGAUGUUCCAGUAAAUGACAAGCUGCUCUUCUUGGAACAAGAGCUACAAGACCUCAAAACUGACGUCGACAACUUAAAAGGUAUUAUAAAAACAGAAGAAGAAUUAAGCUUGUACGUUGAACGACUCCAAAUAAUGGCAACCAGAACAGAAACUAUCCAGAAUGAAUUGAGUAGACUCGGUUUAUUAUCAGCUGCUGAGUCAGAGAAGGUCGGUACUCUUCUAGCCUUGUCCAAGAGGUUAGAGGUAACCAUAGCCGAAGAACUGGAAGGAGGAACUUUAGUAAAAGAGCAAUUACAAGCCAUUCAAAAGAGCAUUGAACGAGUUAGAAGGAAACAUGGAGAAAUGAGUAAGAGACUAGACCUUUGUGAAAGCUCGGAAAAACUAGGCAGCGACUCGAUCGAGAAGUCAGUCUCCGAAUGCUACGAAGUAGGAGAAGAACUAGUAACUUUAUGGCAAGACUUAAUGGCCAUCAGACAACUACUUCACGGUCUUCCAACUAGACUGAAGGUGUCAGUGUCUCCACUCACCGUCGAAAGAGACAUCUCCAAAUUACAGGAUGACCACACAGCUUUGGAGAAGAGAUGCGGCGAUAUCCUGGCUCUUCUGAGAAGCAGAUUGGCCUUGUGGAAGAGGUUCGAGCGGCAGUUGGAGUUGGUGCAGCAGAGUGUACAAGAGGCGGACUUCAUGGUCGAGCUUCUUACCGUACAAGGAACUGUGGAUUACGAACGACUGAGGAAAGCAACAGAAAGAUUAGAGAGUGUCUCAGUAGACCUAGUUUCCCGCGAGAACCUCGUCUCCGAACUCAAGGACGCAUCGAAGCCGCUGUCAGACAGCUGCUCCCCCGAGAUUUCGGCCAAGAUCGAAGCUGCAGUGAAGGAAGCCGUUACAGCCUACGAGACGACGUGCACCAACUUGAAGGAGCUGUGCACCAAGUACCACAACGCCGCAGACCUAUGGAAGCAGUACAAAGAAGCUUCGGACUUGGUGAAAGAAUGGAUUGAGAAUCCAAUGGAGUCCGUAGAGAAUUUAGAACCCGAGGAGGCCAUCCAACAUGUCAAGGUUUGUGAGGAAACCUUAGCUGCCCAUACCAAGCGUCUAGCGAAACUUCAACAACUGGUGUCCGGUAUAGCAUCCGCAGUUGGACUCGAUGCCAAUGCACUUUUAGGUGGAGAGGUAGAAGCUCUAGGAAAACGCCUUGAAGAUGUCAGGGAGUCGCUCACAGCCCUCGCAGACGUCGCAGAAUCCAAAGCGAAGAUCAAGAAAGAUAACCAAAAGGAAAUUAAUGGAACCAAAGAUUAUUUGGAUUCUGUUCAAAAGAGUAUCACCAAUAUUGAAAAGAAUGGUGCAGAUUCGGACAAUGAAGAAAAACUGUUGGUCUUGAGGGACCAUCUACUAGCCCUCAGCAAAGCCGAAGGACAAAUCCAGAAGCUCAAAGACAAAACAAUUGAAAUCUCCACCACAAAAACCGAAACAUCAGUAAUAGAAAUUCUUGAAUUAUGGCAGCAAGUGUUCAGAGAAACCUUCCAACAAUAUCAUCGUUUGAGUACCAGAUUGGUUAAAAAUGAAGACGGCGCAGCUGCUCUCAAAUUAUGGCAAGAAUACCUAAUGAAUGUACAGCAGUUCUUGCAAGGAACUAUUCCUGGAGAUUACCACAGUCUGUCAGACCAUCAACACCUUUGUCAAAUACACCAGAAUUUGCUAACGACUCAGCAAAAUGUUCUACAACCUGCUGGUAAAGGUGAUCAGUUAGCUAGUGGAUUAGUUGAAUCAAGUGUAAUGGAACAAUUCAAUUCUCUAACGAAUCUCCACAAUGAGACGCUUUCUAGAAUUUUAGAUAGACACGCUGAAGUUCAGAAUCGUUUGGAUGCUUGGGAGAAAUACAAUGGCGACCAGAAUAAGCUGCUGAAUUGGCUUAAAGGUAUUGAAAAAGAAAGGGAACGCAUGCAGCUUAGAUACAUGCAUAUUAGACGAAUUCCUAAACUACUUUCUAGAAUACAGAACCUCUUGGACAAAGUUCCACAAGGCGAAGACCAAGCUGAUGAUUUGCAGCGGCAACAAAAUCAGUUGUUGCAAUUCUGCGAUGAUGCUUUAGCUACCUCGAUUAGAAUGGAACAUGUUGCAAUAAAACAACGUCUGUCCAAUCUGCAAGCUGGCUUAGAUACCUGGAAACAAUUCUUAGAUAGAAUAACUAUUUUAGUAAAAACAUACGAAGACACUGUCUAUAAGGUCCAGAAAGAGUUUGAUGAAAUACAAGAGAUUGUAAAUGAAACAGUAUUGAACCAGCAAACUUCUCUGUCUGUAGUUAGUAACAAACUGGAUAUUCUACGUAAUACCAAAGAUCGUCUAACUGCUACUAGUAAUAUAUUACAACAACUCAGCCAAAUGCAAGAACAGCUGAAAGAGUGUCUCAGUCCUUCAGACAUGAAAACUAUUAACCAAAGAAUGUGGUUAUUGCGUCACCAACACGACGAUUUGGAACAUCAACUAGCUAAUAUUUGCCUUCAAUUAGAAGAAAAACUUGGUAUUAGGUCCACGUUCGAAGCCAGAUAUACCAAGUUCUCAACAUGGGUUGAUGACGUAUUAAAACGACUAAACCACGAAUAUGACAUGAACCAAACUCCUCUACCAGAACACAAACUACUAGUACCCAAAGAAUUGUUGAGGAAAAUAGACUCUGAACUUCAAGCUGAGAUGGCUCUCAAAGAAAGAGAGUACAACUGGUUGGUGAAAACUGGUAAAGAGAUAUACGAAUCGUGCGGUGAAGAGUAUGCCGAUGUUACAGCAAAACAGAUCAUUCAAACACGCACACAAGGAGUAGUGGAUGACUGGAGUAUGUUGGAGAAAAUGGGCAAAACUAUGUUCAACAGAAUUAACAACUUGAUGCAAACUAUUUUACUACUGGAAGAAAAAAUUGCUGAAAUUAGAGCCUGGUUGACUCAGAUUGAGAUCCAGUUAGCGAAGCCACUGGUGUUCGAAGGUUGUACUCAAGAAGUUAUAGACCGGAAGCUGCAAGAGCAUGAUAAACUGAAGAAGUCCAUAGAAAACAAGAGCGGUAACAUUAGCGAAGUAGUUAACCUGUGCACUAUAGUGUUAACUGAUCCAGAUAUAAACAAGGCUAAUUUCCCUGAAGAAAAUAUCAAUAAUGCUGUAGAGAACAUUGAAAAACGUUGGAAGAUUGUUUGCGGUCAGUCUGCUGAAAGGAAACGGAAAAUAAAUCUCAUCUGGAAACUGCUCCAAGAAGUUACUAAACUCAGUGAAAGAGACGAACGUUGGGUCUCCGAUAAAGAGAAAGCUUUAAAUAAUUUAGAUAAACCAACAAGUUCCUUAGGUAAAGACGAUAUCCAGAAACUCAUCUACGAAGUUGAGAACGAAAUUAAAGAUAUUGAAUCUCACGAACCCGCAUUCCAGAUCCUAAGCCAAACAUACUCCAAACUUAACACAGCGCCAGGUAUAGAGCCGAAGAAUAUUCAAGAGCUAACAUCCAGGACCAGAGUGAUCAUCGUAAGGUGGGAAAAUCUAUUGCCUAAAGCUAGAGGUAUCCUAAACCAACUGCAAACUGAGCUAGCACCGUUUAGAGAAUUUUCUGUAGCACACGAAGAUGCUAUAGUUGGUCUUACUAAACUAGACGCACAAGUAACAGAGUUGCAACACUUGCUUCCUGAAAAAGUAUCGCCUCAAGAAAGGUUGAAGAAACUUGUCGAGAUUGAAAAACAACUGACUCAACAGACACCCAAUUUGGAAAAUGCUGACAAACUUGGGUUGCAAAUAAUGAAGAAGAGUACGACAAAAGAGGUGGAGCUUAUUCAAGAGAUGAUCGACGAAUACCAGAUUCUGUGUAGGAACUUGCAUGAACGUAUUACUUACAUAAAGACUGAAAUAGAAACAAUAAUUAUAGAAAGUAGACCUCAAGAGGUAGAUGAAAGUGUUCAAGUUGAAACACUCAAGUUUGAACGUGAUUCUGCUGUACAAGUCAACACCUUACCACCACAAUUACAGAAGAUGACUUCUAUAAGCGCAAAAGAUGCAUACUUAGUAGAGCUAGAAGCUGCUUUAGAAGAAUGUAAAGCUAACUUAAGACAACUAGAGGAAAAUGUCAAUAAAGAGAUACCUAAACAAGGAUCUGCUGAACUGCCAACCAGUAGCAAGAAAAUCGCCAAGAUGUCGGCAAGUUGUUUAACCAGUACUGAAUUGGUCAAACAUCUUCAUGACCUUCUGAUCAACGAGUGCGAAGCUACUGAGAUUGAAGCAUAUUCUGAAGAGGUCAUCGAGCUUUUGGAACGGUUUAGGAUUUUGCUGGUCAGGGCUAAAGACAAGGAACAAAAACUACGAGAACUUAGAACUGCUGCCUGCGAUGCUUAUAACCUGUUAUGCACACACGAGGCCGGUCGCAUUCUAUGUCCACUCUGCACGAAACGCAACUGGGCCCAACUAGACAACGACCUCUGGAGACUAGAAAAAUGGUUACAAGUCGCCGAAGGUACCCAGAAAACUCAAAAGAACCCGCCGUCUAACAUAGAAUACCUCGAAGACGUGAUCCAAGACCACCGAGAGUUCCUUCUUGACCUGGACAGCCACAAGAGCAUCGUGAGGUCCUUGAACAUCGUAGGAACUCACUUGGCCGAUCACAGUGAAGAUACCAGCAAAGCUGAUGAGUUAAGGGUGAGGUUGGAGACUGAUAAUAGAAGAUGGGACGUGAUUUGCCAUCAUGCCACUGCGUGGCAAGUGCAACUGCAAAGAGCAUUAAUGAAUAACCAACAAUUCCACAGUAUCAUCUCAGAACUCUGUAUUUGGCUGGAGAAAAACGAGAAGAAGAUCCGUGCCUCAGAACCGGUGGAUCUGACAGCGCCACACGACAUCAUAGAAGCCAAAUACCAACGCUUCCUAGACCUUCGCGUGGAGCUAGAACGAUGCGAACCCAGAGUUCUUAGCCUCCAAGAAGCAGCCAACCAGCUGUUCAGAGAAGAAGCUCCAGAAGGUUCCAGCACCAUCUACAGGAGACUGACAGAGCUGCGUCUGAAACUCCAGUCAUUGAUCAAACUUACAGGGGUGUAUACUCUUAAGUUAGGCGCUGUAUUAGGAAGGGAUCCCAACGCGAUAGGUUACUCGGCUUCUGCUUCUACCUCUGGUUUACCGUUACAAUCCCUCAGCUAUGACCUUUUGGACCAUCCCAGUCAAGAUCGACCCGACGCCUCGUCAGCAGAUGCAGCCGCCUACAAUGGUUCCGAUGAUGAAUCCGAAAUAAACACUUCAGUCUUGCGACGAGGAUGCCGAUUCUUGGGUAGAGUUGUACGAGCAUCCGUACCCAUACAAGCAGUAAUGCUCUUGAUGCUGGGCGCUGCAUCUUUAGUUCCUUUCUCAGAAGAUGACUAUGCGUGUUCACUCGUAAACUCCAUAGCAAACAGCCUAACGCCCACCCUGAGGUACGACAAUGGUCCACCGCCGAUUUAGACGUGUAACACAGCUCGAAGUUAUCAAAAAUCAGUAGUUUUGGACUUCCUUUUUAAUGUCCUAAUGGUCUGUGAUAAAUUGGUUGAAAAGGUAGCGACGAAUUCGAGAAAACGUAACUGCUAAGGGAGAAUAAAACUACUGAUUGAAGCUGUGCGUUACGAAAUCCAUUCCAAUGAUUUAAUUGAAGAUUUUAACACACCAAUCACUCGUGUUUUAGAAUCUUUAAAACCGUUUUUUAUAUUUGUUUUAUAUUUGAACAUAUAUUUGUAAAUAUGUGACUUAUCUCUGAAACCGUCGAUUAAACACGAUUUUGACAAUUUUGUAAUAUUCUAUAAAUAAUUAGGAUUAGUUUUUUUGUAUCGUUAUCAAAAGGAACAUUUCACUAUAUAUCUGUAUAUUGGGGAAACUUGCACAAAAUGUGUGAACAGAAUUAAUAUAUUUUAUAUGUUGUUUUUUUUUUUAAUUUUAAUGUUGGUUGUGAAAAUUAAAGGUUGUAACUUAAAAGGAGUGGAACACUUUUGGUUACAUAUCUCUUAAUUUUAUUGUGAUGAUUGUCUUGAUGAGUCUGUGAGAACUUAGAAGAUCUCUCCACUUUUAAGUUUUUCGAAAAAUAUAGAAUACUCAGUGCAAUUCGUCUCUCCAAAUUGCACACAAACAAUAUUUUGGCUCAAUCAAGAUGGCGAAAAUGCCUUGAAAUUUGUUUUUAUUUAAUAAUUUUUAUUGCGCUUUUGCCUAAUUUAAUUUUUUGACUACAUGCUGUAAUUUUAUUAACUAAGGUAAACAUUGCUUUCAAUUGUAUUGAUGCUUUAAGAUGUGUUUAGAAAACCCGUAUAUUAAAAAAUAGGAUUGUUUUUGCUAUAAACAUUUAUAUAUUUAUUUGGCAUCUCAGUAUAAUAUAUCUACAAUGUUCAGUUAAAAAUAAAAUUUAAAAUAAUA